GAAAUCAAUGUAGUGGUCCAUUUGGGAGCAAUGUUAACAAGGCUGUCCAACGACCUGCAGCCAGUUGUCAGCUGGAGUGCAAGACAGGCAGAACGCAGUGUGGGACGCUUUGUUAAAAAAGCAAAAGGGUAAGUGAUGACACUUCUGAAAUCUGCGUAGCCAAAACAGCAGAGAGGAUCCCAUAACUUCAUUUCCAGCAGUCCCAGAAACAGAUCCUGAAGAUUUUAGCUUCAUUAUUGGUGUUCCCACUCCACUCCACUCCACCCUCAUCCCACCUCCACACAAAAAUCAUACUCUGUGAGUCUUUAUAUUGUGGAGAAAACCAUCACAACAUAGAACUCUGCAUUUGCUAAAUAUACAAACAGGCGGAGUACAGACUCCCACCAUGAGAGCAUUUGAAGUGAUUGCUCCACUAGCUAUAGUCUGAGGUCUUUCCUUUUGCCUGUAGUAGUCCAUUCACCUCUCACAAUCCUUCAAAUGACAUCUCCUUUUCCCUUGUCAUUCCUCACAUUCCUGCAACAAACUUUUGAUAGCAAAUGUGCACCUGAACUAGCUUCUGCAAACGUGGAUAACAUCAUAUUGCUUUUGAAAUAUCAUACGCCUUGAGAGUUCUACUAUCAGGUGUUAGACAAAUAUAAUAAGCAAGCACAUAAAUUGUUCUGAAGUCUUGGGCAUGGAGGUUGCUAGACAAUUUUUAGGGAUAUUACUGUCUAUCAGUCUGUCAGGCAUACCUGGUUCCUUCAGCCCAACUUUGUAUAAAGACAGGUUUAGGUAUCUGUGUUUCUUUAGUUUUCUGCUGCCAUCAGUUACGUCAGAAUGCUUACGAAACCUCCUGGUAUCUGAUAUAUUAGGUUUAGGUGUAAAAUGGACAGCAACACUGGACAGGAUGAAUUUUAAACUAAGGUGGUUGUUUAAUUAAAGGAAUACUAUAUACGUUAGGGAAUACAGUGGUACCUCAGGUUACAUACGCUUCAGGUUACAGACUCCGCUAACCCAGAAAUAUUACCUCGGGUUAAGAACUUUGCUUCAGGAUGAGAACAGAAAUUGUGCUCCGGCAGCAGAAGGCCCCAUUAGCUAAAGUGGUGCUUCAGAUUAAGAACAGUUUCAGGUUAAGAAUGGACCUCUGGAACUAAUUAAGUUCUUAACCUGAGGUACCACUGUACAGAUGCACAUAUAUUGGGGUCUUAUAGGAGCUUGGUGACAGUUUACGUUGGCUCAAGAGACACGUGCUGACAGCUGCCUCUAAAGUCCCAGUCCCAGAACUUUCUCAUUAAACACACACACACACACACACAUUCAAAGAAAACAUAUUCACAAAGAGACAAUAAAGAGAGGGAAAUCGAGAAAGAAUUAUCUAAUCCACUGGAGCCCGUGAGAUGUGGGGAAAGCAUCUUAAAACUGUGGGAAUGUUAAGGAUAGUAGGAAAGGAUAUAUUGAUUAAGUAUUUUCCUUCCUUCACUCAUGCUAGCGACUGAUGUAGCAGAGCAGAUUCCCCUCAAUAAAGCAGGAAGCUAGUUUGCAUAUUUGUUUGAAUCUCUUUAGUUACGUAAUCCAAUCUGGCUUGCUCAGAUGGAUUAUUCCUGGUGUCCCCUUUUAUCCCUCUUAAAAUAAUAAAAGAACCUAGACAGCAUCUUAAAAAGUAGAGACAUCACCUUGCCAACAUAGGUCUGUAUAGUAAAAGCUAUGGUUUUCCCAGUAGUGAUGUAUGGAAGUGAGAGCUGGACCAUAAAGAAGGCUGAUCGCCAAAUAAUUGAUGCUUUUGAAUUAUGGUGCUGGAGGAGACUCUUGAGAGUCCCAUGGACUGCAAGAAGAUCAAACCUAUCCAUUCUGAAGGAAAUCAGCCCUGAGUGCUCACUGGAAGGACAGAUCCUGAAGCUGAGGCUCCAAUACUUUAGCCACCUCAUGAGCAGAGAAGACUCCCUGGAAAAGACCCUGGUGUUGGGAAAGAUGGAGGGCACAAGGAGAAGGGGACGACAGAGGACGAGAUGGUUGGACAGUGUUCGCGAAGCUACCAGCAUGAGUUUGACCAAACUGCGGGAGGCAGUGGAAGACAGAAGUGCCUGGCGUGCUCUGGUCCAUGGAGUCACGAAGAGUCGGACACGACUAAACGACUAAACAACAAAAGAAUAAAGACACAAGAGUUUUUUUCUUAAAAGUAACAAGAAGUUUACUCACAUUCAGUUCAGUUUGAUCUCGUAUGGAGAUUGAGCUCGUGUGCUGCUGGCUGAGAGCCAGCAGACAGCAAAAAUACAUUGAGAGAACAGCACCAAGAGAAGAAAAUGGCUGCAGGAGAGCAGCAUGGCAGCAAGAGAGAGACAAUGGCUUCAUGACUCCGCUCUUUUAUGGAGUCAGCCAGAGCCACGCCCAUCUCCCAGAUCACAUGCAAGGGGAGGAAGCUCCAGACCAGUGGAACAGGAAAUUACACUGAUUGGAUGUCCCCCUGCCUGUGCCCACUCUAGGGAAAUAAGGAAUGUUGCACUUGACUGUUCCAAUGGAUUACAUCCCACAAAAACAUGAACAUGGUGCUACGCAGAAUUUUCUGAACUGGAGGAAGGUUGAAGGUAAUCCUGUCAAACAACUUUCUGCCUGGCUCCAGAAGUGCUUCCUCUUCUGGAGCCCAGGGAACACGGAGGUCAGAGCUCAAACACAAUCAUAAACUCUGAAGAAAUCUCUGUCUUGAUCCAGCUUUGCCACCUAACCAGGAGUACAUUUUCUUCCACGCUUAACAAACUUGAUUUUAGUAUGAAUCAAAAGAUUAGCAACUCUAUAUACUUUGAAAUAUCAUUAUCAUUUGGGAAAAUUUCAUCUGGCUUACAAACGUUUUAUUAUUCUAUUAGGCUCCAUUAGGAAGAUAUUCAGCAACGUCAACCAGCCUUGCUCUUCUGGAAAGACUGCAAGUCUCUCAAUAUAUAUUUACCCACCACUGUGUUCAGUUGAUUAUCUAGAACACUGGUCCAAAUUUUAAAAUCUUUAAUGGAUUUUAAUGCCUACUGAAGCCUUAUUUUAUUCCAACAGACAAUUUAACAACAACAAUAGUAAUAAAAUAAAUGUCCUUAAUGUAUCUGUUUUGAGAUGUCUUCCCUUGGUUUGGCAACUGCUAUCAUCUUAGCUAUACUCCUAGGAAGUUAUACUUUUACAUAAUUUCAUUAACAGUUUUUUUAAUAAAUGUCCUGCCAAUAAACUAAAAAACAAAACAAAAAUACUUCUUCCAAAAUUCACUGGUGAACCCAACUGCCCCAGGUACUGGAAAACCUUUUAGAUUUUGAACUUGUUGCCUUUAAUUUUUCCACUGUUGGCUCUUCUUAUACUAAGGUCAUAUCCUUAUCAGCAAAUCUAGGAAUAUUAGUUCUUGCAUGAAUUCUUUCCUCCCCUCUCCAUCUUUUUCUCUUUCAUUUUCUCCCAUCUCUCUCUCUGUCCCCCCCCCCCCACCCUGAGGAGAUUUCACCCCUCCCAUAUCCAAGAAUCUGUUGAUGUUCUCUGCUGAUUCUCCAGAGAGGAGGGGCGGUUUCUGCUCUCUACUUAUUCCGCUCCAGCCUCACAUCAAUGUGUCAGAGAGAGAGACUGAGUGUUAGAGAGAGAUUGUGUGUAUAGAUAAGGUUGCUGCUAAGAACAGCUGCAGACACUCAGUGCAGUUCAGCAUUUCAGGUUAGACCUCAUUUAGCUCUGUAUAUAGUUGUGUAUUAUAGUUGUAGAUAGAAUAAAGAAGAUAUUCUACAGAGCUGCUCUCCGAGUCGUUUAUGCUCUGCUGUACUCUGCUAUACUCUGCUGUGCAACGACUGUCUUCUUGUGGAAGUGAAUCCGGUGCUCACAACUCCAAGUUGUGAGUCCACAGCACUUUGACCUGUUCCUGUCCAGAAGGUGGUCUCUGGAAGUGCUACCCAGCUCGCCUAGCCCAGUCGGGGCUGAGUGGAUGAGUCCAGUUGGUGACACUGGCUCAAGGGCGAUGCUGACACCCCCUCCCUCCAAGUUCUGCUUUGAUUUUCCAAUCAACACAACAAGGAAGGUGAAUGAAAGGACAAUAAUACAGAUCAUAUAUUUUUGCUCCCCAUCACAAUAUCAGAGUUUGACUGAAAUUUGUCUUUUCAGUUAUAAGAAGGGUACAGUAUUUUUUAAUAUAGUGGUUAGAUUUUCUGAGACGUGCAAAUUCAUUUGCUAUGACACUGGUCAUUAUGUUCAUUCUUCUUCUUCUUUUGUUUUAUUUUUCUUUUUGUUUAAAUAUGCAUUGAUACAAAGAAAGAAAAUAUGAAGAAAAUAAUUAUUGAGGAUAUGUACGAUAAAACAGAAGCAAUCAAUAAAGAGAACAAGAAGGGGGGCACACCAAAACAAAACCCUUAAAUCUUUAACUGCAAUACUGUAAAGGCAUUGUAUGCUAUAUAUGUAAUCUGAUAUUUCUCUCUGGAGGGCAGCCCAUUGGAUGCAUGAUGAUACUGCCACCUAUCAUCCAAAGGAAGCAAAAUCGAUGUUGAGGAAGUAGCAAGGCUUGCAAGAUAUCCUCCAAUCCAUUUUCCUGCUUCUCAUCCAGGUGAUCCCCCCCCCCGAGUUUAUUCCUAGCUUCACCAUUUUUCUGGGCUUUCUUUUUCUCCUGUCCUAUUCCUUGUUCCGUGCAUUUUGGGUCAGUCUUUCUGUGUGACUGAAUGUGUUCAUUAGUCGUCGUCCCCCCCUUGUCAGGACACUUAGCUUUUUAUCCCCCGACUUGUGUUCUUUCUCUGUGGUUGGUGGCUGUGUGGUGUUUUAAUCUUGCACAUAUUUGCAGUUAAAAUCCUGCUCCUGUUUGUAGCUCCUGGGUCCCCCCCCCCCUGUGGUUUUGUUGCUGUUGUUUUAGUGCCUUAGCUCCAUCUUCUCCCAUCCCUAUGCCUUGCUGCCAUGGCUUUCUUCCAAAGUUUGUUACCUUUUCCCUGUUGGUUUCUCCCUGGUGUGCCUUAGCUUUUCUCCUGGAUGUUCUUUCUCCAUGUCUUUGGUCCCCUUUGUGGUCUUUAACAGUGCUCUUUUCUCAUAGAGUUUAAAAAAUCUUCUUUUCUAUCUGUUGCUUUCCCCACCAUUUUUCUCCGUUGCUUUCCUCACUCUCAACACCAGGUGCAGUCAGGUUUUGGUGUAUGGGGGGGGGCCAAAAUUAUUGCCCAAUGACUUACUGGGGUUGCUGUCCCUCUAUAGGGACUUUUGGGGUGACCAUUUCUAUAUAUUUCUUGUCCUCUGUGCCCUGCUACUGAGUUGAUUCAAAAUGGCUUCUGCCUCUGAUGAUGGGCAACUCCAUAUGAUGAUGCACGCUUCCUCUGAGGGAGGUGGCAGUUUACUGGAACCUACAAAUGGUACUAGUUGAACGGCAACCUUUGAUGUUCAACUACUACACCUCUGCAUGGACACUGGAACUGUUCAACUUAAUGGUGUAAUACAACUUAAUCUUGUAAUGUUGGAAAAUGUCAAUCACUUUUCCUACCUGGAUGGCGGCUAACAGAUUGAGGUUGAAUCCUGAUAAGACAGAAGUACUGUUUUGGGGGGACAGGAGGCAGGCAGGUGUGGAGGAUUCCCUGGUCCUGAAUGGGGCAACUGUGCCCCUGAAGGACCAGGUGCACAGCCUUGGAGUCAUUUUGGACUCACAGCUGUCCAUGGAGGCACAGGUCAAAUCUGUGUCCAGGGCAGCUGUUUACCAGCUCCAUCUGGUACGUAGGAUGAGACCCUAUCUGCCUGCAGACUGCCUCGCCAGGGUGGUGCAUGCUCUGGUUAUGUCCCGCUUGGACUACUGCAAUGUGCUCUACGUGGGGCUACCUUUGAAGGAGACCCGGAAACUACAACUAAUCCAGAAUGCGGCAGCUAGACUGGUGACUGGGAGCAGCCGCCGAGACCAUAUAACACCGGUCUUGAAAGACCUAAAUUGGCCCCCAGUACAUUUUUGAGCACAAUUCAAAGUGUUGGUGCUGACCUUUAAAGCCCUAAAUGGCCUCGGUCCAGUAUAUCUGAAGGAGCGUCUCCACCCCCAUCGUUCUACCCGGACACUGAGGUCCAGCACCGAGGGCCUUCUGGUGGUUCCCUCACUGCGAGAAGCCAAGUUACAGGGAACCAGGCAGAGGGCCUUCUUGGUAGUGGCGCCCUCGCUGUGGAAUGCCCUCCCACUAGAUGUCAAAGAGAACAAUAACUACCAGACUUUUAGAAGACAUUUGAAGGCAGCCCUGUUUAGGGAAACUUUUAAUGUUUGAUGUAUUACAGUAUUUUAAUAUUUUUUUGGAAGCUGCCCAGAGUGGCUGGGGAAGCCCAGCCAGAUGGGCGGGGUAUACAUAAUAAAUUAUUAUUAUUAUUAUUAUUAUUAUUAUUAUUACUACUACUACUACUAUCUGGGCAGUUAUCUUUCCACAAGGGCCGACAUUGAUGCCGAAAUCCAGCAUCACCUGAGCUCUGCGAGUGCAGCUUUCUCCCAGCUGAAGCGCAAAGAGUUUGAGGACCAGGAAAUUCACAGGGAAACCAAAAUACUUGUUUACAAAGCUAUCGUACUACCAACUUUACUGUACACUUGUGAAACAUGGACCACUUAUAAACACCAUCUCCACCUCCACAAAAGAUUCCUUCAAUGGUGUCUCCGAAAUUUUUUACACAUCACUUGGGAAGACAAGCGAACUAAUGUCAGUGUACUGGAAGAAGCAAAGAUCACCGGUGUCAAAGACUUCCAGGUCCAAUCGUAUGCGGCUGGGUCUCUGGGCUUUGGCUUGUACUUCAGGGGACGUUGGUGCGCGCAAUGAUGGCCAACGGGAUGGCAGGGUCAGGCCAUCACGCGGGAUCUCACCUUUCUUGAGUUUUUUCCAAUAGUGGUGGCCGUUCACAUCUGGACGGAGGAGUUUCGAAAUCGCCGCGUAUGCUUCAGGACCGACAACCUGGCAGUGGUGAACAUACUAGCCAGGCAGUCAUCUCGGUCUGCGAGGGUCUCCUCCCUUCUGCGGGCGUUCGUUCUCUGGUGCCUUGAGUACAACAUAAUAUUUUCAGCCAAAUUUAUUCCUGGGACCUGUAAUGAUAUAGCCGAUGCCUUGUCUCGCUUUCAGAUAUCUCGCUUCCGGUCGCUAGCACCUGGUGCACAACCGUUGCCCGAACCCUUUCCGGAGCACCUGUGGAACAUUGGAGACGCAAAGUGAUACAGGGAGUAUUAGCAUCUGUCGCACCCUCCACUCUCAGGUCUUACAAGAAGGCCUGGUGCGAUUUCCUGGGUUUCAGGUCUGGGUUAUCUGGGCUGUCGCAUAACGUACCACCUACCACUGACGAUGUUCUGCAGUACCUUUCCCAUCUUGACGAUUUGGGACGUGCUCCCAAAACCUUAAAGAUACAUGUAGCAGCCAUCAGCUUCUUUUCAAAAGCCACAUUUUCCUCCGACCCGUGUAGCGACUUCCUGAUCCGCAGAGCUAUUGAAGGUUGGGGCAGGUCACAACCCCCCAGGGCCGAGGGCCAUAAGCCAAUUUCUUAUGGGUUGCUAUCUCAGAUACGCGCAAAGCUCAGAUCAAUUUGCUGGACCAAGUUUGAGGCCUGCCUCUUUUCCGCGGCGUACGCUAUCGCCUUUUUUGGCGCUCUGAGAGUUGGCGAAGUUGUGGUUGAAGUUAGCGCAGGAGGUUCAACGUGCGGCCUCCUUAUGGAGGACGUGCAGUUGUCUGAAUCUACUUUGACGGUCCGGAUACAUCAGUACAAAACUGAUCAGGCCAGUAGGGGGGUUCUAGUUAAGCUUACAGCGUCGGCGCAGCAGGGCCCAUGCCCGGUGAAGGACACUAGGCGGUACCUCUACCUCAGACCACCCGGCCCUGGUCCGCUUCUGGUUCACGAAGAUGGGUCAUCCUUGUUGAGACACCAAUUUACCAGGGUACUCCGCAAAGCUAUUGAGGUGUGUGGUUUAUUUUCCCGGGAGUAUGCUGCGCACUCAUUCAGAAUUGGCGCCACAACAACAGCCGCCCACUUAGGUCUGCCUGUGGAUAAGAUUAAAGAAAUGGGCCGGUGGAAAUCCAACGCUUAUAAAAGUUAUAUUCGCUAGAAUGUGCCCUGCUUUAUCACCCCUACUUACCAGCUUCUCUCUGUCCUUUCAUCCUCAGCUGUGCCCAGGAGAAGCGUGUGGAUUUGUGGCCACAGUAUAGUCCAUUGGGCCCGCGUUCGGGCGGUCAGCUGCGGCCUCGCGCCUAAUCUUGGUUUACCGCUUGGAGUUCGAGUUUCCUGGUUUUCAAGAAGAGGCAUGCGUUGGGAAGAGCUUAUGCCAUUGCUGUGGGAGAAAGUAGCCACGUUCAGCCCUCCCGACAUCCUUGUCAUUCAAUUAGGGGAGAAUGACCUUGCUAACAGAAGGAGUGUGGACUUGUUGUGGAACAUAAAAAGAGACUUGGAUGCGUUUGCUUUGUGUCCCAGAACGACGGUGUUCUGGUCCUCCUUCUUGAAGAGAACUUUUUGGCGCGGUGCGCAGAGCUGUAUGGCCAUUGAAAAAAACCAGGAAACUCGUAAAUCGGGCAGUGGCCCGUUGGGUGCACUUCAUGAAUGGCCGAAUCAUUUAUCAUGACCGUAUCCGGAUCAGCGACCAAGCCUUAUACCGGAAUGACGGGGUGCAUCUAUCGGACCUGGGGAACGACAUUUGGUUAGAUAGUGUCAUCAAAAGCAUUUGGGAUUGGUUACAGCCGUGAGGGUAUUGGCGGCGAGCCUUUUUGGCUCGGGUGGCGGUUAGGCAUUGGAAUAAUGUGGUGUGUCGAAGGGCUAGGUGUGGCCAUCUCCUAUGCCUUCAAUUUUUGGGUAUUCCGUUAAAGGAAUCUGGCGGUCGUGUACUCUGUCAACAGAUGGAUGCCUGCUUGGCGGGAGGCCAUGGCACGACCCUCGGUGACAUCAGGGGUGAGCCUAUAGUUGGAUUAGCAUCAACAGGCUCCACCUACUGGUGAAUAAACCCACUUGUUUUAGACAUCCAGUGCCUAAGCCAAUACCUUUUCACUGCUGUAAUCAAUAAAGUUGUGGCCUUUUCUUGCCCAUUAACCUUAUAUCACAUGUCCUGGCGUAUUCAUUUCACACUGCGGGGGACGGGUCCUCGAACCACAACUGGGAAACACUGGCCUGUGAGCACUCCAAUUAGAGAACAAUCUUUACCAAAGGUGUCAUUGACUUUGAAGAAGCACAAACUCAGGGCAAAAAGGAGAAAUGAGCUAAGAGGAAGGCACCUUUGGCAAACCCUAACCAUGAUCAAUUCCCAUCUGGAAACCUAUGUUCCCACUGUGGAAGGACAUGUGGAUCCAGAAUUGGCCUCCACAGCCAUUUACGGUCUCAUGGUACAGUGGUACCUCGGGUUAAGAACUUAAUUCGUUCUGAAGGUCCGUUCUUAACCUGAAACUGUUCUUAACCUGAAGUACCACUUUAGCUAAUGGGGCCUCACGCUGCCACCACAUGAUUUCUGUUCUCAUCCUGAAGUAAAGUUCUUAACCCGAGGUACUAUUUCUGGGUAAGUGGAGUCUGUAACCUGACGCGUCUGUAACCCGAGGUACCACUGUACUUGGCUACAAGUGAUCGCCAAAGAAGAAGAAAGAAGUGUUCAAUUCCCACCUCUCUACUGCAGUUCAAUGCAGCUUGCGAAAAGAUCUCCAAGUCAGCAUCUAAUACAGCAUUUGAAUCCUCACAAGGAGAUGCAGCUGGAUUCAAAAGCAGGGUGGUGGUGGUGGAACCCAUGUAGUCAAUUGUAGGUACAUCAGCGGGAUUCUUUGGAGCCAAGAUGAUGAUGACGACAAUCUAUAGGGGACGUAUUCAGUGCACUUGUUCCAUCAGCUCAAUAACUUUUAGAUGUGCAACAUAAAUGCUCCCCUUGCUUCUCUCCCCGUACCUCACCAUACCUUCUGAAUUUGUUCUGGGUGUUCUCCCAAACCUCUGAAGCAGAUCUGGGAAGGUUGCAGAGGGAGGAGAUGGUGGACAUUCCAGUGUGCAAAUGGAAAUUCUUGCACUAAUGGAACAAGUGCACUGGAUACCACUCUUAGUCCCCACUCAGACCCUGAAAUCUUUCAUCCUGUAUUUCUCUACGUAUUUGCUUGGUCUUCUCCUUCUCCCGCACAUCAACAUUCUCAAGAGGCAUGCGUGAUUAUGUGCUUCCCCCUCCUGCAGUCAUAGAAAAUGCAACCGUGACAUAAGGGGAAGAUUAUCAUUUGCUUUAAAAUGGGACAAUUAUUCCAUUAUCGUUCACCUCAAAGCCUUCCAGUACACUAAUUUAAAGCCAUCUAGGACAGUCUGCAAUCUGUGGAGUUAACAAAAGGUGCAGAGAAAAUGGAAUUUGUACUUUUUUUCCCUCCCUUUGGAAGGUUGAUCGAGGCUGAGUCAAUACACUGAAAUAAUUAAAUACAUACUUUACAAAGAAAUAAAAGUUUCUAGUACAAAUAGCCUUCUCUACACAAUUUCACCGAAUCUCAAACAAUAUGCCCGUGCAUUAUUUCAAGCUGAAUACAAGAUAAGUGAUGUGUAUAAAGAUUUUGUGCUCAUUUUACUGACCGAGCAAAGGUAACUGGUUUUUACCUUCCAAGAUGAGGCUGUUGCAUGCAAAAAAUGGUUCAUCUCAAAAUUAAUCUCUAUUUUUAAAUGUAAAUUCAUUGGUAGAGACACAAUAAGAAAGCAAAGACUGCAACGCCUUCAUUCAGUAGUCAUGCAAGUUCAAAUGGUGCACAGAUUGCUCUGUCUUCUCCGCAUCCUGAUGUCCUGUUCGGCGUAAGGGCAGAGGGCCAAACGAGAUGCAAUGUCAAUUGUGCAGAUGCAAGAAAUGUGGACAUUAAUUGUGUUCACACAAUUAAGAUCAAGUCUAAUUUGGUUUUAAGAAAACUCCUAAAUUGGCUAAUGGAGCUGGGCAGCCACUGUCUUAUCUCAUGGAAUCCAAAUUAGGAAUGUAUGAUGUGAAACCUGUUUUGGUUUGAUAUAUCAAAAAUUGACCUUGUGUUUCCAGAGCACUUCUGCUUGGGAGAAGAUACACAUAUAUAUAAAACGGAAGUAGGAUUUUCCAAAUUGUAAAUCUGGAUCCUGUAAUAAGCUUAUAUAGUUUCUCCUUUGUGUAAUUACAGGGUUUGUUUUCCACGCAUGCUUUGUUCUAUAUACAUGCCUACUCUUGUUUGUCCUGAUUUAGGUUAGGUCUCAUCCACUAUGCAGAGGUGGAAAUUCAGUGAUGGACAGUGCCCCCUGCUUUUAGUGCUGUUGCUAUGAUGUCAUGAGGGCAUAGACAUUGAGAAGUUUAGGGGAGGAGCCAGAUUGUUCCUCUCCAUCCCCUCCAACUCUUUCCCUUCCAACAUUUUUCUGAUGGAAAUAGGGAUGUCCUAAGGAAAAGCAAGACAUUCUGGGAUCAAAUCAGAAACUGGGCAGCUUCUACAAAUCCAGGACUGGCCCUGGAAAAUAAAGACAAUUGGAGGGUCUGUAUUCCCCAUGCUCAAAAGUCAAAGAGCAGUUUAUUUCAGGUGUUUUUUUCACAAUAUCUACACCUCCCGUCUCUUGUUUUACAAUAUUCUGCAAAUAUUGAGGUGCUCCUGGGCCUGGCAAUACCUCCAUUUUGUGAAUACGUGGUGCCCAUUCCCUAUGUAUAAAUCCACACUAAAGAACACAGGUUCCAUAUUAAUAUGUGAUAUGUGAGAGAUUUUUGCCCUCUGAUCAAAAUUCUGAAUAGCUAUUGCUACCUUCUCUCCUAUGGAUCUCCCUUAAGAAUUGCUUUCACUUCCCAAUCAACAUUUAUUGAUGGAUUACUUCUGGCUUAUUCUCAGCUGAGCACAAACAUUAUGAUACAGUAAAGGCAUUAUUGGCAGAAAUGUUAUGUCUGUAAGCACACUGUGUUAAAUACCUUUCGACCAUCUGCUUCAGGUUCAUAACCAGAAUAUGAGAUGGACAUGUUUGGCAGCAGCUAAAAUGGUUCAGUCAGAAGUGAGGCAUAAAUAACUAAACAUGCAUUUAUUGCUCUCACACCAUGAAGUGAGUGGGACAUUUUUCCUAUAAGGAAGUAUUGCUUUUGGGCGGGGGGGGGGGGGAGCGUUGAAAUUAUUUUAGCCUUCAGAGAAGGGUUCUGUUAGAUCAUAGAGGGUCCCAGCUGUUUCAGCCGUGCCCUGCACCAAGGUUCCUGCAUUGCAGACCAGGAUGACUCCAGAUAAAACAUUUACAGACCCUAAUCUGUGCACUCUACCUGUAAAACAUACCAAAUAAAAAAGGAUGCAUAGUGCUUUUUGAGUGGUGAAAACACUUCACACGCAUUAUCUCAGUAAUGCUUAGACAACUCUGUAAAGUAGACCAGUGAUAGGAUUCCCAUGUUGUAAACGGAGAGCGUCUUUCUUAAGGCUGCAGUCCCUCAAAUAAGUGUUGGAAAUGUAAAGAGAAAGAAGGUUCUUUUUAUCAUAUGUGGUGGUAAGGUUAAAACUUACUGGGAGAUGAUAUAUAUACCGGUAAUGAAUUGGAAAAGAUGUUUAAAAUAACAUUUGUAAAAAAAAACCCAGAAGCGGCAAGAAUGUUACUUGUCCAAAAAUGGAAAGAAGAAGAAGUCCCAGCGAAAGAAGAAUGGAUACAAAAACUUAUGGAACAUACAGAAAUGGCAAAAAUUACUGGAAAAAUGAGAAAUCAAGACAACAAACUUUUUAUAAAAGAAUGGAAAUGGUUUAUUGAAUAUUUACAAAUAAACUGUAAACAGAUAAGAACAUUGGCAGGAUUAUUGUAAUAGCCUGUCGUUUUAUAAGAGUAUAUAUUUAAAGUAGGUGAAUAAAUGAGCAAAUUAAGUUAAUUUGGAACAUGCAGAAAAUAUAUUUUUUUAAAAAUUGAAGGAACUGCAGAAAGAGGAGGAAGGAAGUUGAGUUUUGGAAUGUUAAAAUGAUUGUAAAAUUAUUGAAGUGUAUAAAACUGAAAAUCAUAAACAAAAUAAUAAUAUAAAAGGCUGCAGUCCCAACCCCACUCACUAGCUUAAGAACACUGCUCUAGUCAAAAUAGAAAUGUUCCACUGCCACCAUCUUUGAAAUCUGUCCUGUUCCCUGCCUGUGAUGUUUAACCGUCUCCCAGAAAUAUGCAGGUCCCUUGUAGGUCCCUUCUUUUCAUCAGCUUUUCCUCUUUCUCACCUACACCUGCCUCUCCUUACUGCUUUAUUUCUUGCUUCUGGACAGCUUUGGGUGGCUGUGGGCCACUCAGCCCAGACUCCUCCAACUAGGCAGGCACAAUUUGGCUCAGGAUUUGAGCCUCUGCUGAAUCCAGUGCAUAGCCCUAAUAUUCAGACCCUCUUUUCCAGGGAUGGUCCUGGAUUUACAAACGCUGUCCUGGUUCCUGAUUUGAUCCCAAAAUGUCUCCUUUUCCCUUAAAGGUAAAGGGUAAAGGGACCCCUGACCAUUAAGUCCAGUCGUGACCGACUCUGGGGUUGCGGUGCUCAUCUCGCUUUAUUGGCCGAGGGAGCUGGUGUACAGCUUCCAGGUCAUGUGGCCAGCAUGACUAAGCCGCUUCUGGUGAAACCAGAGCAGCGCAUGGAAACGCCGUUUACCUUCCCGCUGGAGCAGUACCUAUUUAUCUACUUGCACUUUGAUGUGCUUUCGAACUGCUAGGUUGGCAGGAGCAGGGACCAAACAAUGGGAGCUCACCCCAUCGUGGGGAUUUGAACCGCCGAUCUUCUAAUCGGCAAGUCCUAGGCUCUGUGGUUUAACCCACAGCACCACCCACGUCCCACCCACCCACGUCCCUUUUUCCUUAGGACACCCCUAUUUUCAUCGGAGAAAUGUUGGAGGGUAUUUAAUACUCUAGGCCUAUUUUCCCCCCUCAAGCCUACUAAGCUGGGGAGUAAGUGCAGUCGCAACAAUGAAGACAAAAGUGUAAGUCUGACUGGGGAACCUUUCACAGCACAAGGGCUACCUUCCCUUGUGGACCACCUUCUGGAGGCCACAUGCCAGUGUGUUAAGUGGCAAUGCAGCCAAAAAGUAUGUGGAACAACAGGUGUAACUCUUAGCUUUGCACAGCGGCCUACAUUUCAGGAACACAAAAGACAGAUGUUUCUACAGAGAUAAACAUCUCUUCAUCUUCCAUCCAGGCAAGCAGUAAGUAUUAACACAGUUCAAGGAUUCAUUCCAGUUACACAAAAGCAUUCAAGGAUGGUGUAAAAAGGUAAAGGUAAAGGUACCCCUGACCGUUAGGUCCAGUCGCGGAUGACUCUGGGGUUGUGGCACUCAUCUCACUCUAUAGGCCGAGGAAGCCGAUGUUUGUCCACAGACAGCUUCCAGAUCAUGUGGCCAGCAUGACUAAGCCGCUUCUGGCGAAACCAGAGCAGCGCACGGAAAUGCCGUUUACCUUCCCGCCGGAGCAGUACCUAUUUAUCCACUUGCACUUUGAUGUGCUUUUGAACUGCUAGGUUGGCAGGAGCUGGGACCGAGCAAUGGAAGCUCAUCCCAUCGCAGGGAUUCGAACUGCUGACCUUCUGAUCAGCAAGUCCUAGGCUCUGUGGUUUAGACCACAGCACCACCCGCGUCCCCCCAAGGAUGGUGUAGAGCAGGGCUAAUGAAGGCCAAGGCCUGGAAAGAGUGGCACGGGCCACAUUUGGCCCUCAAGGCUGAGGUUCUCUACCCCUGCUGCAAGCCACAGGCUGUUUCCCAAGGGUGUCACGCUCUCCCACUGCCUGUGCCAUUUCUGGCACUCAUGGCAAAGACGGGCCACCAACAAAUUGUGUGAUCCCAUUCUGCCGGCAUCCACCUGCUAUGGAGCAAGCAUGUACAGUCAAUCACUUGAGAAAAGUCAGAGACCUUCUUCAUGUGCUUCAAAAAUCCCCCAAUAUAGUACUAAGAAAGCUUAGAGAGGAGCUUUGAGACACUCAUCAGUGUGCAGCUGACCCAGCAGUUUCUUUUGUAUUGCAUCUGUUGUCAGGCAUUUUUGUCUAAAUAAUUCACUUUUUUUAAAAAAAACAACAACAGAUGGUACCUAAGUGUUCUUCUCAUAGUUCUCUCCAGUAAGUCCCUUGUCCCCAUACUAUGGCAUAAUAAAUUGGUUUAUGUCUGAUGCUAAUAUAAAAUACAGUGUGUUGCAGGAUCCCUCUGGAUUCAAGGCAAUGGAAGGGUCAGAGCGUAAUAAAGGUAGUAUAUCAGUUCUCUAUGAGGCUGGGCUGAGCUUCCAACUCCCAAUGGGGAUAGACCUCGUUGGACCGUUGGGGUUCAACAACACUGUAAGAUAUUAACAACAAAGGAAGUCCACAGGUUCCUCUGGACAAAGGGGCAAGCAAAGGCCCUGCUAUUUCCAAAUAAUAAUUUAUUAUUUACACCCCGCCCAUCUGGCUCUGGGCGCCUCUCAACAGAAUAUUAAAAACACGAUAAAACAUAAAACAUUUUAAACUUCCCUAAACAGGGCUGCCUUCAAAUGUCUGCUAAAAGUCAGAUAGUUGUUUAUUUCCUUGAUGGGGGAGGGCGCUACACAGGGUGAGCACCACUACCAAGAAGGCCUUCUGCUUGGUUCCCUGUAGCCUCAUUUCUUGCAGUGAGGGAACUGCCAGAAGGUGCUCAGACCUGGACCUCAGCGGCUGGGCUGAAUGAUGGGGGUGGAGACACUUCUUCAGGUAUACUGGGCCAAGGCCAUUUAGGGCUUUAAAGGUCAGCACCAAUAUUUUGAAUUGUACUCAGAAACGUACUGGGAGCCAAUGUAGGUCUUUCAGGACCGGUGUUACAUGGUCUCGGUGGCCACUCCCAGUCUAGCUGCCGCAUUCUACCAGUGACUACCAGUCUAGCUGCCGCAUUCUAAAUUAGUUGUGGUUUCUGGUAGCCCCACAUAGAGCGCAUUGCAGUAGUCCAAGCAGGAGAUAACUAGAGCAUGCACCACUCUGGUGAGACAGUCCUUGGGCUAGUAGGGUCUCAGCCUGCGUACCAGAUGGAGCUGGUAGACAGCUGCCCUGGACACAGAAUUGACCUGCACCUCCAUGGACAGCUGUGAGUCCAAAAUGACUCCCAGGCUGCACACCUCGUCCUUCAGGGGCACAGUUACCCCAUUCAGGACAAGGGAGUCCUCCACAUCUGCCUGCUCCCUGUCCUCUCAAAACAGUACUUCUGUCUUGUCAGGAUUCAACUUCAAUCUGUUAGCCGCCAUCCAUCUUCCAACCGCCUCCAGACAUUCACACAGUCCUUGAGAUACCUGAAACUAAAUCUUGGGUCAUGUACUCUACCAUUGAUCUGUCUCCUCUAAAACCCCCAAACUAGUAUCAUUUUUUUAAAACCAGUUUUGCAUUGUAUUCGUAAAGCCCCCCAUGAAUGGAAUAUAAAUCAAGUUAAGACAUGUGGAACGUCUAUUAUAAAUCAAGAGAAUACAAGUUAUGAUGCUACACCCCAGUGGAACGUAACACCUUAUAAAUUUGUUUAGGCCUUAGUUGGUAGUUUUAUACAACUGGGAAUGGAGAGUGAAAAAUGUAACACAGUGGAUUGACAUGGGAGUGGCCACAAGUGACUUUUAUAGAUAAGGAGGAGCAUCAUGUGCCUUUCAACAUAAUGUAUGACUUUGGAAACUGGCAAGGUGAUAGUGAGGAUAAUGGGUUUUUUCCCCCCAAGUUAUUUUUCAAAGAGAAAGCAACCUUUGAAGAUCUCGCUAGAACUAUAUUUAUCUUAGGUAAGAAGAAUUCAGAUGUGACAUGUGACAUUAAUAACAUUAAUUUGCAGACUCAGAACGGAGGGAGUGAUAACCUUGGAGUCAGUCCUGUUGGCAAGGUACUGAAACUGAAUGAGGUCUUCAGAUGUCAGAUUCAUUGAUGUAUUUCGGUGCUUUGAGAUUUGUUGAAUGAAGGCACCAGAGGGGUUCAACCACUGGAACAAGAGAUAGGGAUAUAAAUAUUUGUAAUGUUAAUGUUCUAAUCAGGUUUACACCAUUCUAAACCUACAAGGACAAAAUCAAUUUAUUCUAAAUAUACAACUUUGAGUGUUAGGACGGGUUUUUAAAUUAUGGGUGCCAGGAGAAAACAAAAGUUUAUUUAUAACAAAGCUGUCGUUCUAGGACAAUCAUAUUUUUAUUAGAUUUUUAACAGCAAUUCUGUAUCUUGCCUUACAAAGCUUACAUGCAUCUUUUUAAAAGUCACCUUGUUUUCUAAAGUGAAAAAGUGUCAUCUUUGGUACUAUUAGUCAGCGUGUUGCGUUAAGCAAGCUGAUUUUAUGAGCUGCAGAAAACCCAUGGCUCAUAAACUAGCUGAGGUGAGUGAAUUAUGACAGUCUUUCAACUACGUUAAUGAAAUUCCUAAAACAUCAGCAUGGUACAUUAGUCUCCCUAACAUUUAGCUUUAUUAAACACACAGAUCAAUGAGAGGCUGUCUUGUAUGUCAAUUGUUUGACUCCUUUCAAACAGAAUUAAUGCUUUUAUGACAGAAGGUUUGGUAAACAUAUGACAUUAAGGCCAACGGCAUGAGAGGUUGCUGGCAUGGGGAAAAGCCAGCAUUUGAACCAGGAACCUCUUAACCAGCAGCCAGAAACCUGUGGCCUUCCAAAUGUUACUGAAUCACAGCUGUCAUAAUCCUUUACUAUUAGCCAUGCUGCAUAGGACCAAUGGGAGUAGAGAGUCCAACAUCUGGAAUGCCAAAAGUUCUCUAAACUCUAUGAUACUCCAAAGUCAGUGUUACUGAAGAAAGCUCGUAUAAAUGUUUUCCCCUCCUUUUAACCAAGGGUGUUUCCAUACUAGGUGUUUAUGUGAUGAGGGAGGGAGGAUGAAUCCACUAUACUGAGGACUCACCUGCUCUAAAACAGGUGGGUCAUGACCCAAAUUGGAUCAAGGGUCCACUUCAGAAUAUGCAGAAUUGCUGUACGUUGAAAGAAAAUUAUAUGAAAAUGACGUACCGUUGGUACUUAACUCCUAGUAAGUUAGCAAAAGUGUAUAAGACAGGUACAAAUAUCUGUUGGAAAUGUGAAGAAAAAGAAGGCACCUUUUACUGUAUGUGGUGGACGUGUAAGGUAACAAAAGGAUUCUGGGGAAUGAUAUAAAAUGAUAUAAAAACAUAAAACCUCAGAAGGGAAAAGAGAAUCCAUAAAGUUUUCAAAGCGGCAGCAAGAACAUCCAUGGCUGGAGAUAUUUUCUGAUGUUAUGAUAUCCCGUGUCUGCAAAGAAUUUGCCUGGGCGGAGGACACAAAUUUUGUGAAUGCAGCACAUUAUAUAAGAAUGAAACUGUUUAUAUGCUAAUAUUUAUAUUCUGCAUAUAUACAGUUUUAUACAUUUGUUAAAUGUGCCAUUUUUGUGAUGUGGAAGGAAGUGGGUGAUAUCCAACCAAGAGGAGUUAGUGAAUAAAAGUCCCAGGAAAUGUAAUCAGUGACCAUUAUCAGUUAUCCUGGCAGACAGGAUUUCUGCUGUAGACCAGCCUCCUAUGUAUGUAUGAUGUAUGUAUGUAUGAUGAUUUUGGGGUGGUCUUUGGCUAAGGGGGUUUGGCAAUGUUAAAAGUCUAUAAAGUUUCCUGCACACUUUUGUUCAGGGUCUCUCCCUCCUUGGAAUGAGGGGAGGCAACUCUGGUGCAACAGAAAAAUAUAAUAAUAAUAAUAAUAAUAAUAAUAAUAAUAAUAAUAAUAAUAAUAUAUCUGCCUUGCUUUCCACUGGAUCCAGUCUCCAGCCAUUUUUCUUUGACCAGUGCUGGACUUAGGGGUGUAUGUGCACAUUUAAACAACUACCAAUGGAUCUCAGUUUUCCUGGCUUGGAGAAACUCACAAACACACAAAUGUCUGCAGUUUUGUGCAAAUCAGUUUGGAGAGAAGGAAGGCAAGGUGGGACUCGCUAGCUUGGGGAGGAAUUGUCUGAUUCCUCAGAUGGAGUGGGCUAAGGGCAGGUGAGGAUGACGCCUGAGGUAAGUGGAAACUCAUCAGAGACAGAGUUGCAAAUGGCAACAAAAUAUCUGUGCAAGGAAAAGUAGCCGGUUCACUCAAGUGUGUUGCAAGUAGAAAAACUGUUUGUAUUGAAGUGAGAGAUGUAGUUUACUUGCCCGAAUUAACAGUUUGCUAAGUGUGGUGGUCCAGGGGGGAGGUUACUGUGGGGCGAGGUCCAGGACCUGUGUCGAGGGUCGGCAGACAGUCCUCCACGGGCGAAGCGGGGUCCACAGCGAGGAGCUGGGCAAGGACAGGAACUCUGGGGGAACAGGACUGGGUGCUGGCCGAAACAGCUCUUCAACGACGUUGCUCCCGCAACCUGGGACCGGGCUGACUGGCCUUUAUCAUCUCUGAGGCCAGUGGCAGCCCCAGCCCCCAGGUGACCCGCCUCUCCGAGCCUUAAGGCGAGCACUCCUCCUGAGAGAACUUAGUUCCCUCCUCCUCUCUGCCCUGAGCCUCUGCAGCUCAGGAGAGGCCAGUGGGUUACUGGACCAAGGGGGAGACUCACUUUCCUCUGACAGGGCUGGGAGUGGCGCACCUGUAGGCAAUGCGUCCUCAAUCGCCUCCGGAGCCAGAGUUGAUUCACCUGGUGCCUGCUCCCGAGGAUCCGGCACAGGUGCAGGCGCUUCAGGAUCAAGGCCCUGCCUCAGCUCAGCCGGCCCUGGAGGUGGGGACUCCUGUGCAGGCUGGGAUUCUUCCGGUUCAGCCUCUGAAUCGGAUUCCCAGGCCAUCACACUAAGUGUGACAACCCUGACCAAAUGUGGUUGUAAUGUAAAUUUGAACCACAACAAAUGUACAGUUGCCAAAGAUGGUGUUUUGUAUGGACAACAUUUUGAAAGUGAUGGAUCAGGCGGCGGCGGGGGGGCGGGGUGCUUGUGUGCUUUGCUCCAGAAUCAGGAUUAUAGCAGACCUGCCAAAAAUGGGUUUGGUGAGAGGAAUGGAAAUGAAGCCUUAUAAAGUUGACCUAAAUAGUGAAGUAGCCCAGGUGGGGCUUGGUAGCUUGGGAAGCAGGUGUGUGAUGCCUCACCUGGAUUAGGCUCAGGUGAGGGUUAGAUGCCUCGUAAGGCCUCGUAAAGCCCAGAGUAUAUAACAGGAAGACCGCCGUGGCCAGGCCUGCAUACAACGUAGAACCUGAACAUCACAAACCUGGAAGUGAGUGUUCUGGUUUUCAAUUUUUAUUUAUUUAUAUUUUUUUUAGAAGUCAAAUGUGUCCUGAGUCCUGCGCUUCCGUUUUUACAGAGAUUGCACUGAUUGGGCCUGGUUCACAAUUUUUAUUUUAUUUUUAUUUUUUUUGGAAGUCGAAUGUGUCCUGACUCCUGAGCUUCUGUUUUUUGUCUUGCACUUCUGUUUUUACAGAGAUCGCACUGAUUAGGCCAUUGAGGAGAAGCACCCUGGCAGUGCUUUGCAGCCCAGCCGCUCUGACAUGAGAGAGAGAGAGGGAAUUCUGAAAGAUCGUGCUGAUUGGGGCAAUGGGGAGAAAUGUUUUAGGGGUAGUUUUUCAACAGCCUGGAACGGAUUAAUCCAUUUUGCAUUACUUUCUAUGGGGAAGCGUGCCUUGGUUUUGGAAUGUUUUGGUUUUGAAAUGGACUUCUGGAACAGAUUAAGUUUGAGAACCAAGGCACCACUGUAUGUGAAAGCAUCUUUAAAAUCAAAUAUGUGUAGGAUUAUUUGUAUAAUAGGUGUAAAUGGGUAAAUAAACCAUAUUUCGUAAAGUUAAAACAGUCUCCGCUGUGUCUCAAUUCUCCGAAGGACCCCAGACCCCAGGUGUUUUCCUGGAACCCCUUGGCUUCUUGCUGAGUAGGGGUGGGCACCUAACGUUUUAAACAUUAUUAUUAUUAUUAUUAUUAUUAUUAUUAUUAUUAUUAUCACAUUUUGGCCAUGGCAACUCAAAGUGACUUACAGUAUUUUAAGCAAAAAACAAACAAACAAAACCAACACAAACAUAAAACCAGCAUAAAAAGCCCUACAGUAAAAAAUAUCACCCACACAAAAAGCCCAUACAUAGUUGAAAGCCAAAGUCCUGCUUAAGAAUAGAGUUAAAGUAAGACAUACAGGUUUUAGAAAAGCAUACUUGGCUUCAAGUCUGGAUCUACUCCAAAAUGCUGACUUCCACAAACAGAUGUGAUUACAGUCUCCUGGCGACAGCAAUUUUGCAGUAGCUUGGCUGAGCCCAGCUGGUCCACUGAAAAUAUGUCCAAAUAGAUUGUUGAUUGGCGUGUAUUCCUUCAUCUGAUCACUGCCCCAUGUAAUCAACAUGCUUGGAACAUGACCCCUUUAAUGUGCUGAACCCCACAGAUUAUUCUUUGAAAUGUGGCAUUCUAUAGCUAUGGGAUUACAAUUUCUGAAAAUGAAGUGCUGGAGAGUAUCAGAUGUUGCAGAGUAUUUUAUUAUGGCUUUGAAGGAAAACAUGUUUAAUUGCAACAUCUGUUCUCUUAUGAACCCUGCAACUCUAUAAUAACCAUUCCCAGUCAGUGCAGUUCUCUUUUUUUCCCAUCAUCGUCUUCUGUCCUAUUUACUAAAAUCAUGUAAUAAAGUGAAAAUUUGUUUGGACGCUAACUCCAUUAAGAAAAUGGGGCAGAAAUGUGAGAAUUCUCAGACAGACAGAGAAAAAAGUAGACAUGAGUCAUCAUUUUCAAAUUCCUGCUUGAGCCAUUUUCAAAUUCCUGUUUUAAAUGCUGUUUUCCCUACACACUUGGGGGCAUCAAACACCCUCACCCCGCUGCUUCUCAUUUAUAUGUUGCUGGAUUCGCAAGUCACUUUAAAUAUUUUAUGGAUAAAUUCUGAACAGUACAAUUCACAGAUCCAUUUGGGUAUCAUUGAUGAAACAGCAUUGUAAAUAACCUCCAAAAGAAUUGCCUCCAAAAUAGUACAAGUUACAGAUCUUGACUUGAACCCUACAGAGAAAACCUGCAGGUUCACUUACCACCUUUAAAAUGGAAUUGUUCUGGAAAAUACGGCUUUAUCACAAUGUCACUCGUGGUUAUGAGCAGCUGGUGCCUUCCUCCCCAAAACAGACAAAGACAAUGUCUAUGUGCCUUUUGGAAGACACAUGAAGGCAGUCUUGCUCAGCUUGCUCUUUAUGGGCAGGUUUGGGGGGUUCCUUGGUCCUGAAUGGGGUAACUGUGCCCCUGAAAGACCAGGUGCGCAGCCUGGGAGUUAUUUUGGACUCACAGCUGUCCAUGGAGGCGCAGGUUAAUUUUGUGUCCAGGGCGGCUGUCUACCAGCUCCACCUGGUAUGCAGGUUAAGACCCUACCUGCCCGCGGACUGUCUCGCCAGAGUCAUGCAUGCUCUAGUUAUCUCCCGCUUGGACUACUGCAAUGCGCUCUACGUGGGGCUACCUUUGAAGGUGUCCCAGAAACGGCAAUUAAUCCAGAAUGCGGCAGCUAGACUGGUGACUGGGACUGGCCGCCGGGACCACAUAACACCGGUCCUGAGAGAUCUGCAUUGGUUCCCAGUAUGUUUCUGAGCACAAUUCAAAGUGUUGGUGCUGACCUUCAAAGCCCUAAACAGCCUCGGUCCUGUAUACCUGAAGGAGCGUCUCCACCCCCAUCGUUCAGCCUGGACACUGAGAUCCAGUGCCGAGGGCCUUCUGGUGGUUCCCUCAUCGUGAGAAGUGAGGUUACAGGGAACCAGACAGAGGGCCUUUUCAGUAGUGUCGCCCACCCUGUGGAACACCCUCCCUUCAGAUGUGAAGGAAAUAAGCAGCUAUCCUAUCUUUAAAAGACAUCUGAAGGCAGUCCUGUUCAGGGAAAUUUUUAAUAUUUAAUGCUGUACUGUUUUUAACACUUGAUUGGGAGCUGCCCAGAGUGGCUGGGGAAACUCAGCCAGAUGGGCGGGGUAUAAAUAAUAAAUUAUUAUUAUUAUUAUUAUUAUGAUGAUGAUGAUGAUGAUGUGUGGAAACCCGACCCCCCGAAGUUCAGGAAUGGGCAGGGCUCAACCCUGAUAAUGAUGGUGAAAAUUGGGUUUAGAGACAGAGUGUCAUGUCUCCUUUCUUCAGGGAUUAAGAAUGGAAUGCCUCUUUCAUUCAUUCGCAAAGCAACUCCUGGAGGAGGGGAGGGAGAUAGUAUUGAAAUUUUGUUUCUGAUGUUUCUGAUGUUUUAGAUCUGUUUUAUAUUUGUUUUAUGGUUCUCUGUUGUAGGCUAUCUUGGAAAUCUAGUUUAAUAACAUUGUUUUGUUUUGUUCUUAAAGGAAGAGUUUGGCAUCUUGGCUCUGAGCCCAGUUUUCAACCUUGAUCAGGAGGAGGGAGAGGGAGGGGGAGGAGGUCAGCAGUUCAAAUCUCUGCGACGGGGUGAGUUCCCGUUGUUCAGUCCCUGCUCCUGCCCACCUAGCAGUUCGAAAGCAUGUCAAAGUGCAAGUAGAUAAAUAGGUACCGCUCCUGCGGGAAGGUAAACGGCGUUUCCAUGCACUGCUCUGGUUCGCCAGUAGUGGCUUAGGCAUGCUGGCCACAUGACCUGGAAGCUGUACGCUGGCUCCCUCAGCCAAUAAGGCGAGAUGAGCGCUGCAACCCCAGAGUUGUCCAUGACGGGACCUAACGGUCAGGGGUACCUUUACCUUUAAGGAGGCUCAAAGCGACUAACAAUCUCCUUUCCCUUCCUCCCCCACAACAAACACUCUGCGAGGUGAAUAAGGCAGAGAGGCUUCAGAGAAGUGUGACUAGCCCAAGGUCACCCAGCAGCUGCAUGUGGAGGAGCGGGGAAGCGAACCCAGCUCACCAGAUUACGAGUCUACCACUCUUAACCACUAUAUCACACUGGCUGUGCUUGGAGGAAAUUUUCCCUGUGCCCAGCUCCUCUGCAGAACAAUAAUUUGACUUGCACAUGAUAUGGAGCAUGUGUUCAUGACUGAAGCUAUUAUCUCACUCAAAAACAGCCGUGCUUCUUGUACCAAAGUCUACGGGAGAGAACUGUCUCAUUUCUCCAUGCAGAAUUAUAGCUCCCAAUGCAGAGAGCUGAGCUGCUCUGCCAAUGAGACAGAGGUGAAAUUUUAACAUUUCCUAGGAAAGCCCCCUGCCCACAUAUUUAAUGGGUUUGUUCUGGGAAACACUGGCCUGCGAGCGCUCCAAUUGGAGAACAGCCUUUACCAUGGGUAUUGGAGAUGCUCGAACUUGGGACAAAAGGGAGAAACAUGCUAAGAGGAAGGCAUGCUUGGCAAACCCUCACCAUGAUCAACUCCAGCCUGGAAGCCUAUGUCCCCACUAUGGAAGGACGUGUGGAUCCAGAACUGGCCUCCACAGUCAAAUACGGACUCACUGUUAAGACCAUGUUCAUGGAAGACAAUCUUACUCAGCUUACUCGGCUACGAUAGAAGAAGAAGAAGAAGAAGAAGAAGAAGAAGAAGAAGAAGAAGAAGAAGAAGAAGAAGCAGCAGCUGUUUAGCAGUAAAGAGAAAACCCUCCUUAUGUUUUGACUCUGGCAAAGGCCAUUACUGGAGUCUAAUUCUUUUGUGUGGUCAAUGGCAACCAGAACCAAUAGCCAAUGAUAGCUUCCUUCUACCAACCAAAUCUUGGUAAGGUGGUGGGGAAGGACCCAUGAAUGGUUAAGUCUAGUCAAAGGCGACUAUGGGGUGUGGCGCUCAUCUCGCUUUCAGGCUGAGGGAGCCGGCAUUUGUCCACAGAUAGCUGUUCUGGGUCAUGUGGCCAUCAUGACUAAACCACCUCAGAUGCAAUGGGAUGCCAUGAUGGAAGCCAGAGCACACAGAAUCGCUGACCAAGAGGGGAAAUAUACCUAGUGAUCAUACGAAUAUGCAAGACAGUCUUCAGUAAAGCCAAACUGGGGGUAGGGGGGGAGAUAUUUGUCUUUCAUUUGGUUUAGAGCAAAACCACUUUGUUCUUCACUUAAAUUGACAAAUUGCCUCUUAAAGGGUAAAUGUUUAGGAGAGUAAAUACACCAAGUGUAUGGAUAUUCCGUGCGAAUGUGAAAGCAAUAAAUCACGAGCGGCUUUCAGAAGUACUGCACUAGCUCCUUGACUUGCUGAGUAACUCCCAAUGUAUAUUUUCCAUCCAAAUGGCUGUGUCUUAUCAAAGAAGUAAUAAAUCAAGCGGGUGGCUGUAGAAUUUUUAGAACACAAUUCCUUGUUUUGCAGUUACUGUAUAUAGCUCGGAAGCUACCCGAGGUAUUAGAUUAUUGCUGAAUUAUCCAUUUUAAGCAACUUUUAUGAAAGCUCAUAAGACUGUGGACACCUGACCUUUAGCCCCUUAUAUUUCUUACUGUUAAAUACCUGUCCAAAAACCGCUACACCAUAGAGAUAAACAGUUUGUGGAGGACCUUCAUUUGACUUCAAAAACUAUUGCUCGAAUAAGAGUUGUGAAGCUGAAAAGUGCGCAAGAACGGCUGAAAUGACUUUCCUUAUGAAAUUAGACAGACAUGGGCUAAGAUAGGCUUCCUCAACCUCAGCCCUCCAGAUGUUUUGAGACUACAAUUCCCAUCAUCCCUGACCACUGGUCCUGCUAGGUAGGGAUCAUGGGAGUUGUAGGCCAAAAACAUCUGGAGGGCUGAGGUUGAGGAAGCCUGGGCUAAGAGCAGGAUUUGUUCAGCUUGCGUGGAGAUUUAGAAUCCCCUCCCCUGAAUUCAGAAAAUUUAUUACAGUGGUACCUCAGGUUAAGUACUUAAUUCAUUCCGGAGGUCCGUUCUUAACCUGAAACUGUUCUUAACCUGAAGCACCAUUGGAGCCUAAUGGGGCCUCCUACUGCUGCUGCGCCACCGGAGCACGAUUUCUGUUCUCAUCCUGAAGCAAAGUUCUUAACCUGAAGCACUAUUUCUGGGUUAGUGGAGUCUGUAACGUGAGGUACCACUGUAUUUUUAUUUUAUUUUGAUGCUGCCCAUCCAAGCUUCACAGGGAGGUGUACAGUAUAAAAACACAAAAAUACAUACCAUAGUAGCAAAUGGAAACAAUAGCCCCCACCCCAAUUUUAAAAGGCCAUGAUUUGUUUAAUUAGCCAAAGGCCUGGGAGAAGGUGAAUUUUUUUGCCUGAAAAUAUGUUACAAAGGUGUCUGACAAGCCUCGCUGGUGAGAGCAUUCCAUAAAUGUGGAGCCACUGCAGAAAAGGCCUUUUCUCAUGUUGCCACCCUCCAGAACUCUUGUGGAAGAGCAAACAAAGGAGGGUCUCAGAUGAUGCUCAUAGGUUCUGGGCCAGUUCAUAGAAUCAGAGAAUUGUGGAAUUGGACAGGACCCUGAACACCAUCUAGUUCAACCACCUGCAAUGCAGGAAUAUGCAGCUUUCCCAUAAGGGUAUCGAACCUGCAACCUUGGCAUUAUCAACACCAUGCUGUAACCAUCUGAGCUAUCUGGUUCAUAUGGGGUGGGGUGGUCCCUAGAAUUUCCUUUGUAAGAAAUAACUGGUAGCUGGUUAAGAAAAUCUACUAAAGCUAUCUGUUUGGUCAGAGCUACCUAGGAAAGGCUGGUAAUUGGGAAAGGAAAGGAAGGAAAGGACAUCUCAGUAGCAAUCUCUUCCAUCUUUCUUUUCCAAUCAACAUGUGCACAUAAGCAACAGUUAUUUAACUAUUCCUUUAUGAAUAAAAGUGUUUCUAUACUCCCAAAUCAUAUCACAGCAGUUUACAAUGUCAAAACACAACAACACCAUUAAAUAAGAUACAAAUACAGAACAGGCGAUAGUAAAGAGGGUUGGCUAAUCAAGAUUAAAAUGAAACAGCUGCAAAGAAGAAGAAGAAGAAGAAGAAGAAGAAGAAGAAGAAGACAUGUUUUAUUGUGUAAGUGCUUAAUCUGCGAUUCUGUUCAAAGCAUCUAUGGCAUGAUUCGUUUCCUUCUCUAUCUCCUGAUCUCUCCAAAUUUUUUCUUAUCUGUGACAUAGCUUGCUCACUCCCUUUCGAUCACAUCAAACAUGACUUCGUUUUCUUUCCACCUAGCCGUUUCUCUUCAAGACAACUUAACUAAACCAUUUAACUACUUUGGCCUCUUCAGGGCUACCUCUCUCAUAUUAGGAUAUGCAUUUUAUAUUGUGUAUGUACCCUGGAAUCCAAUAAAUAAUAACAAAAGCAACAUUAAUAUUAUUGUUACUAUCAACAGUGCUUUGAGGGGGAAAAUCUUUAAAGGAAAACUUUUAAAAACAGUUCAAUGUGUCAAAAAGAAGAAGAAGAAGAAGAUCAGUGAGGUCAUCAGUCUUUCCCAUGCAUUUCAAAAUGAUCCAAUUUACACAGCAUUCUGCAAGGGAAACUUCAAGGCAAUGCAUACAAAACAAAUUUUACAAAGAAGCUUCUCUUAGCAGUGUUUGUGUGUUCUGAAACUUGCCCAGUAUAUGCUUAUGUCAUUAUUUUGUACUGUAAAAUCUUACUUGCUCAACUCCUACAAAUUAGCCACUGGAGGGAGCUCUAACCCUACAAAAGAAGAAAUCAUUUUCUUUUUAAACAGAAAACAUGCAUGCAAACUGCCUUUUAUGUAAAUAAAUAUGAUGCUGCUCCAUAGUCUAUAACAAUUAUGCCACCUUUUGCUAGCCAAGUGUCUCUCAAGUGUUGCUUGAAACACUCUGAUGUUUCAAGUCCAUUAAUGUACACAAAAAAUUACAUUUACAUUACAUUACAUUACAUUACAUUACAUUACAUUACAUUACAUUACAAAAUAGUGGUUACAUCCAGCUAAACCAUAGUCAGAGUAAUAAUAAUAACAAUUUAUUAUUUAUAUGCCACCCAUCUGACUGGGUUUCCCCAGCCACUCUGGGCAACUUCCAACAAAUUAAAAGCAUUAAUUGCAGCAAAACAUCAAACAUUAAAAGCUUCCCUAUACAGGGCUGCCUUCAGAUGUCUUCUAAAAGUUGCUUUGUUGUUUAUCUCCUUGAAAUCUCAUGGGAGGUGGGUGUCACUACCAAGAAGGCCCUGUGCCUGGCUCCCUGUAACCUCACUUCUUGCAGGGAACCGCCAAAAGGCCCUUUGAGCUGGAACUCAGCGUGCAGGCUGAAUUUAAGUAAUGGAGUAUACCUUCAAGUAUACAGGGCCAAAACCGCUUUAAAGGUCAGCACCAACCCUUUGAAUUGGGCUUGGAAAUGUGCUGGAAGCCAGUGUUAUAUGGUCCCAGCAGCCGCUCCCAGUCACCAGUCUGGCAGCCGCAUUCUGGAAUAGCUGCAGUUUCUAAGUCACCUUUAAAGGUAGCCCCACGUAGAGUGCAAUGCAGUUGUCCAAGCAGAAAAUAACCAGAUGUUUAAGAUCUGCAAGAGAGGCAUAUAAUUCAACAAGUAUAGUUUUUUCUUACAGUGGAAAUACCACAACUAAGAGGGAAGCUUUGUCUGUUAGAUUUGUUUUCCAUGCAGCCCUUAAAGCCACAAAAAGCUUGUGAGAAAAACAAGCAACUUGCCAGGACACAGCACGUCUUGUUGCAAACAGGUCUAUUUAUUAUCUUUUUAUCCUGUUUUUCCUCUAAGGAGCUUAAGGCAGUGCAUAAGGUCGGUCUUGAGAAAGAGAGACUGGAUCAAGGUCACCCAGUCUGCUUCAAGAUUAAGCCUGGAGUCCUAACCCCAAUUACCUGGAGGGUAAGCACCCCCACACUGAAUUCAAUCGGCUUUCAUUCCGAGUAGCCAUGGUUAGGUUUGUGCUGUAACAUUUAACCCUGGCAUUUGUCACCUCUUAAGUACAACAAGGCUUCUUGGAAAGAAGAUAAAGAAGGAAGGGGAGAUCCUUUGCGCCAACCUUCCUUCUUGCAUUUUGAUUGCAUGCUGCAGAUCAGCUUGUCAGCGACGGUUGCAACUCGCUGUGAACCAAUGCAAGGAAACAGUCAUUGCAAUACAGUCAUACCUUGGUUCUUGAAUGCCUUGGUAUGCGUACAUUUUGGCUUCCAAAUGUCGCAAACCCAGAAGUAAGUGUUCCGGUUUGCAAAUGUUCUUUGGAAGCCAAAGGUCCGACAUGGCUAUUUUAAACAUCCCCCCCCCAUUUCAUUGUAUAUCAUCUCCCCAAAGUUUUUUAUUACCUUACAUGACCACCACAUACAGUAAAAGGUGCUUUCUUUUUCUUUCAUUUCCGGGAGGUAUUUGUACUUGUUCUAUACAUUUGCAUGUGAAUACCCCCAAAACCACCCCCAAAUGAAGACACAAUAGACACAGAUUUUAGUUUAAGGUUUUUGGCAUUACAUUUUUGGCCACAACUUUAUUGAUUACAGCAUGUGAGUGGUUGCUUAGGCAUUGGUUCCAGACUACCUGAACUUGCACGGUGGCAGGAACAGGACUGACUGGGCUCCACCAUAUGUCAGUAAGGGAAAGCAUCCUGGGGGAGCAAGAACUCCUUCGAUCUCACAGCUCACCCCAGAUGCUCCAGGGGUUCUGGCGUGGCCCUAGCCCCUUGACAGGGUUCGGACAAAAACAAUAGUGAGCCCCUGGAUUCCUUUAACGGAAUUCCCUAACAGCAGCAAAGGAGUGGCAGGCACAGCCAACCACAUCCCCUCCCCAAAACAUUGAACCAAAUGCCUAACUGCCAACCUUACAAAGUUGUGACGAUUUGCUACACGGUAGGCAAAAACCAAGUGGGACCAGCCAAUGAGCCAAAUGGCAAAAUUCCUACCGGGCCCCUGCUCCAAAACAGACGAUCCCAAGACAGGCAUAGCAAGGCCAUAGGAACCACCCUAAAUAUAGGGAGAGGAGGGCGGGUGAUCCACUGCACGUUGCAAGAAAGUGAAACUCUCCAGCAACGUGCAGCAGCCUAAGUACCCCCUCAGCAGCCAAUAGCCAACCCAACUGACCAAAUUUCUGCCCCAGCAACAGAGGGGUGACCAAUGGGGUGUUGUGGCCAUCCAAACGGUCCUGCCCCACAACAGGGAGGCAGUUUCUGGUGAUCUCACUACAACACGUGCCCUCCCUGAUGGAGGACCUGACUUUUGCUAACAUACUAGGAGUCAAAUACCACCAGUACAUCAUUUUCAUAUAUUUUCUUUUAAUGUACUUGCCAUAAAUUUCAAAUCUGUUUUCCAUAACCUUUCCCAAUCUGCCAUCUGUAUAUUAUGUCCAGACAUGCUGUUGUUGUUCCCAAGGUGAAGGGCACAGCACUCCCUGAUCAGCGGACCUGUAAAUUAUAAUGAUACUAUUUUCCUAUUGCAGGUGUGUGUAAUGUGAGAGUGGUUUACUAAAGACCACCUGGCGAGUCCGUGGCAGAUGAAUUUGAUCCAGGGAUUUCCUGAUCUGUCACUUGCAGCACAAUCCUACAUUUAUCUUCUCAGAAAUUUAUCACAUUGACUUUGAGAAGACUUACUCCCAUGUGUUUAUACGGCCGCAGCCUUAAUCUAUUCAUUAUUGUGUUGCACUAUCUCUAUAAAAAGACUGGGACUUUUUGCUGGGUUUGGAUGGUACAUCCAAUGCAUUUUGAUCACCAGAAGCAAUUGUGAAAGUUGAUGAUUCCUGUGUAGGAGCAAAGGAGCUUAUUACAUCCUUAUAUUCACUUUGGAUUCAUUGUUUUUCUGUAGCAUGUUGUCUACGUUUGUGAACAUCCUCUGUAUUUCCAGUUUGGUGCUAAAAUAAUAAAACACAAGCAGCUCAACUUUCCUGUGCAGAAUAAAGAAAACCAUUCUGUCUGGAUACUGUGAAAUCGACCAACAGUAGGCAACAAACGAAUGUGUGAAAUUUUUCUACCGCGGAAUUCUGCAUCCUUUAAACUUGACUUUCAUCUUUUAAAAGGAUAUGUUUCUAGUCCCUAAGGAUUCAUUGAUAAACUUGACUAUGGGCAGGGAACUACAGAGAAACUGCAAAAAAAUGUAUCUGUGUGAUUGAGACCACAGGACCAUGAUUUAUUGUUAAUUUUCGAUAAAUUCACUAUCCGCCAUAUGUGUCUACAUAGAACUGAUUUCAAUAGCAGUUGAAUGUGCACAAAUGUUUGUCAGAUUAUGGCUUUAGGGAAUAAUCCAGUGUAGGAAUUUAAUAAUGACAAGGAUUUAAUAGAAGUUAAGUCAGCUUAACAUAUUCAAGGUUAUAGGACUAGGAUCCAAAUAAGGUUUUCCGGAUGCUGUUCUUACUGUUGAAACUAGUUCUGGCCUAUGGUUUGAAAGAAAUAAGAUGAAUUGAACUGAACAAAGAAGCUGCUAUUUUAAAACUGAGCAAAAGUUUGCCUUUCAGCAGUGCAAAGCGCUAAAGGAGAAGGCAGGGAAGGGAAUAGCAGCAGCAAAUGAAAUCCUAGCUAAGCACAGUUAUCCGCUGCCCUGACAAAAUUUGCCUGUGCCUUUCUUAAAUUAGAGGAAGAAUAUUAGAAGCACUUUUACUUUCUCAUAUAUUUUGGAUGACUUUCAAAUAAAUUGGUCCUCCAUCAAUAGAUGGUUUAAGUGUGAUGCCUCUCCUACAGGAAGGAUCACCUCUGAAUGCAUACAUGGGAUAAAAAUUACAUUGGAGGCAAUCUCCAUCUUGGUUUUUCAGGAAAUGUUUCUUGCACAAUAGACAAUAACUAACCUAACCCCAGUUACCUGUGAGGAGGCUCCACAGAAUUCAUUAGAACUUAUCAGUAGACAUUCGUAGGAAUGUAACACAAUGGGGGGGGGAUUUCUGGAUCAGCCCCCUCUGUUGAUUCAUCAACAACAACAUGAUCUCCAUGCAUGUUGAACUUCUGAGGGGGAAAAGCUUCUCUUCUAGGGAUUUUGGAGAAUUCUGACAGAAUAGAAACAGGCGUACAAAUUGCCAAUAUUUGCUUGUUCACUCAUGUCCAGAACAAAAUUCAAAUAAUUGUUAUUUUCAGUCUGCAAACAACACAAAACUGAUUACAUCUCACCAGUGCUUUUUUCCUAAAAAAAGGUUUAGGGAUACUGUCAUUUUCCUACUCAUAAUGAAAUACUGCCCCUCAAUGAGGCCAAAUUAGAUUCACAAAAUCUUUAGUGGUAUGCGUACCCCUGCAUCUCCCCAGAAAAAAGCACUGCAUUUCAUCUUUAUUUGUAUGGUGUUUUCUUUGCACUUAAAUGAAUGCCCUCUGCAUUGAAAUGAAAGGUGUAGAAUGACACAAUUUUAAUUACAUAAAAUUAUGCCACAGUGAACAAGCCAAAUUAUACCAUUUUUCUCUCAAAGCUGAACUACAGUGGAACAGAAGCAGUGCUACAUGCGACAACCAUGGGUUGGAACAUAAAUCAAUGCCUUUUUAUAUCCUUGUUCUGUACUCACGUAGGCACCUGGUACAAGUCAGAAGCCUGGAAGAUCAGUUUCUAAGUUGCAUGGGAAGCCUACAUGAGUUGAGAAAGUUCCUCUCUGUAUAGAUUCGGCCACUGAUGCAUAGAGGGCUGUCAGGGAACUGACGUCGGAGCUAGAGGUGGAGGGAAGGCUCUCCAAUGAUGCUGGAGAAGGGCCCAGCAGGGAGAGAGGCAGCUCAGCAGAUGGGGAAGCAAUUCAGUGCAACACCUGGAAUAAGGAGGGGCAGAUGGGGGAAUCGGCGAGAGGGCUCCCAGACUCUUCACCGGAUACCAGCGGGGAGAGCACUGGUCCUCCGCUACCCACGCCCUCCCUGCGCAGAAGACUUCCGCGCAGAGAAAGUAGGAGGAGACUGGGUGUCAAACAACUUUUAUGUUAGAAAAGGUUUAAGAAACGCCCACUGACGGAUUCUGCUAGCGACUGAGGCAGCCACGAAUUGAAGGGCUGUCCAGACAGAAAGGUUUAACAAGGCAACAUAGCCAGGAGAGGCGGCAACUUACGCACAAGCAACCCCAUACCAUUAUAAGGGCAAUGAAACCAGAAAUGCUGAAUAGCUUUAGAAAGCUUUUGUUGUAUCUGGGUGGAUUUGUGAUUUUGCAGCUCACAUGGUUUAAUUUGCUUGUUUGGCUUGACUGAUUUAUCCUGUAAGCUUUCCACGACAAGAAGAUCUCAUGAACAUCAGAGCAUGGAUUAAAAGGUUUCAUGUACAACCCUGCCAUACUGAGUUCAAUGGGAGAGGUAGGCAUGAUGACAUGUCUCUCGCACGGAACUCUAUGGACUUAAAAGAGUUUUGCUUUGGCUGGGUUGUAACCUCAACCCCCUCCCACCCACCCACCCCCCAAAAAAUCUUCCCAAUCAGCAUUGUUUCCUUGCAUAGACUCUCUUGUUGCCUUAGAUUUUUUUAAAGUUAGCAUUCCAUUUCCUGACUAUUUUAUUUCAAAGCAGGCAGCUCCACUCCAACAGAGCUUUGCAAAUUUCCUACUCAUUAAAGCUGUCAGUGAUUCAGCUUCCUUGGCUUGGAGCAAUAAUGAUGGGAGACCAAGCUCCCCUCUGAGCACAAACCGUGACACAGAAAUCUAAGCAAAGUGUAUGGCUGGACUGAUCUGAUGACAUAUCUCGUUUUGCGCUGUGGAAAGUCUCCCCUUUGCACAGGCUUUUGUCCCUUUCAGUGUUUUGAAAAAGAAAAUCACCUGGAGUUAAUACCCAGCUCUUUGCUUACCUUUGCUUUCCAGGCCAGCUUUGUUUAAGAGAGGCUUCGGAGCUCUCACGUUUCUGCCAUGGAUGUUUAACAUGGCUUCUUGAUUUAAAUAAUCUCUCAGUACAGAUGUGGCUUUGUUUGGAGGUCACAAAAGACACACUGAUGGCUGCUGACAUGAGUAAGUUGAUGAGCUGCUUGGCCAUUUAUAUCUUUUCCAGUAUUUGAUCUCAUUGAUCAGAGAGCUCUUUGACUAGGCUGAGUUUAUACGUGGGGUUCUCCAGAGCAGCAGUAUUGAAUUCUUGUUACUAUUAUCCCUGUGAAAUUUUACCUCCAGCUUCAUAUGCGGAAAGUCUGCUUUCCCUCAGUACAGGAGAUUUCUAUUUUUAGACAAUUGUCAUUUGUGGUGCGAAUGGUCUCCCCACAAAGCACAGAAUCGUGGAGCAGCUGGGGAAGUUUCAUAAAUGGCUUCAUGUAUCAGGGGAAGUCGUGCACAUGUGCAGUGCUAUCCGGUGCAUAGUUAACAAGAAGCAAAUACCAUUUUACCAAAAAGAUGGUCUCAUCCCUUAAAUUCCCAACUGGUCCCUGUGUUUGGCUAUUUCAGGUAUCAUCUCAUUAGAAAGUCUGUUUGGUACAAUAUAGUCGUACCUUGGAAGUCGAACAGAAUCCGUUCCUGAAGUCUGUUCGACUUCCAAAACAUUCAGAAACCAAAGCACGGCUUCUGAGUAGCUGCAGGAAGCUCCUGCAGCCAAUCGGAAGCUGCAGAAACCCUGUCAGCCUUUUGGGUUCAAAAGAACAUUUGCAAACCUGAACACUCACUUCUGGUUUUGUGGCAUUCGGGAGCCAAAACAUCUGAGUACCAAGGCGUUUGGGAUCCAAGGUACAAUUGUGUAGGAAUCAUGCCUUAAGCAUUGUGGCAACUUGGAACCGUUGCAGAUAUUAAUAUUGUGCAGUUUGAAACAGCUGAAUGCAUAAAAACUGGCUCCAUUUGGAAAUGAAGCAUUAUCCAGACCCAUAAAAAUAUUAUUUAAAAUUUACUAGCAGAACUCAAAGUGGCUCGCCAAAGUUUCAGACGUAAAUUGUUUCCAUACUUGCUCCUUUGAGAGAGGGCAGGGAUUGAAUCUGCUAUCUUGUGGACUGAGUGAUGGGUCCUACCCGGAAAGGAAAUGCUACUUUUUCAGGGUUUAAAGAAGUUGAAAUCCGCCUAUUAUUGUGGUGGCAUGGGAAGUGAUAAACAAAAACAAAAAAACACCAGCCCCCAAAGCCAAGCUUAGCUGCAGAUGCUGAUGCGAUAAGAACAAUGUUAUUAGAGAUGAUCUGAUAUGAUCAAACACCACAUUUUAGGAAGGCAAUGUGAAAGAUGGCCAUAGAAAAGAGGAUUAUCAGCAGUUUACUGCCAGCAUGAUAGCCUAUGGUAAAAAGGUAAAAAGGUAAAAGACCCCUGGACAGUAAAGUCCAGUCAAAGGCGACUAUGAGGUUGCAGCACUCUUCUCACUUUCAGGCCAAGGGAGCCGGUGUUUGUCCACAGACAGCUUUCCAGGUCCUGUGGCCAGCAUGACUAAAAUGCUUCUGGUGCAAUGGAACACCGUGAUGAACUCAGAGCACACGGAAAAGCCGUUUAUCUUCCUGUCGCAGCGCUAUCUAUUUAUCUACUUGCACUAGUAUGCUUUCCAUGUUUUAAUGUAUUUUUAAUCUUUGCUGGAAGCUGCCCAGAGUGGCUGGGGAAACCCAGCCAGAUGAACGGGGUACAAAUAAAUUAUUAUUAUUAUUAUUAUUAUUAUUAUUAUUAUUAUUUCCAACUGCUAGGAGCUGGGGCAGAGCUACAGGAGGUCACCCAAUCAUGAGGACCUUCUGAUCGGCAAGCCCAAGAGGCUCAGUGGUUUAGACCACAGUGCCACCAAUAGCCCAUGAUGUGGGGCUGGAUCAGGAGUGAAGAACUUUAGGUCAGCCAUGAGACACAUGCAGCCCAGACCAGCCCGUCAUAUGCUUUGACCUGCAUGGACUAUGCCCUUUAAUUGUGACACUGUGUCUUGAUGAUGGACUGAGAGUUGUAUGUCUGUUUGUGAGGGUAAGUAUAGCAACCUCUGGCUUUUGUGUGGCCUACUGUACAAAGAGUCACACCUGUUGUUCCACCCUUUUUUGCUUCUGGCUCAACCCAAAACUAGCAUGUGGACCCUGGAACGCUGCCUAUGAGAUAACGUUCAAAUGUUCUCAACCCCUGGACUACUGUUUGUUGUUCUUGUUUAGUCGUUUAGUCAUGUCCAACUCUUCGUGACCCCAUGGACCAUAGCACACCAGGCACUCCUGUCUUCCACUGCCUCCCACAGUUUGGUCAAACUCAUGCUGGUACACUAUCCAAUCAUCUCGUCCUCUGUCGUCCCCUUCUCCUUGUGCCCUCCAUCUUUCCCAACAUCAGGGUCUUUUCCAGGGAGUCUUCUCUUCUCAUGAGGUGGCCAAAGUACUGGAGCCUCAGCUUCACGAUCUGUCCUUCCAGUGAGCACUCAGGGCUGAUUUCCUUCAGAAUGGAUAGGUUUGAUCUUCUUGCAGUCCAUGGGACUCUCAAGAGUCUCCUCCAGCACCAUAAUUCAAAAGCAUCAAUUCUUUGGCGAUAAGCCUUCCUUAUGCUCCAGCUCUCACUUCCAUAAAUCACUACUGGGAAAACCAUGCUGUAAAAUGGUGGUUACUUGUGAUUGUAGGAUAAAAGCGUACAUCAGUGAAUGAAGUCAAUGGGGAACAGUUGUGAGAAAAAGUUGUUGUAUUCAUGUCCUGCUGUUAGGUUUUUCAGAGGUACCUGGUUGGCCGCUGUGAAAAACAGGAUGCUGGCCUAGCAAAGCCUUUGGUCUAACCCAGCAGGGCUCAUUUUAGGUGAUCUCUGAAGGUCAUCCAUGCUCAUGUUCAGCACUGAAAGAAAUGUCACGAAAGACACCGGCACAAACUUUGAUGAAGUCUCAUUUGCCUCAGUUGCACUUAUAGUACAGAACAAGGCACUAGCUUAUUGCAAAGAACCAUAUGCUGUACCAGUACAUGAUUUACAGUUCCUGUCAGUCUGAGACUAUGAUGGGAAAACACCGAAAGGCAAAUUUUUCUAGCAACAUUCCAAAUAAAAAACCAUUGGAUCAGUUAUCAGGGCUUGGAAUUCACAAUAAGACAUCUAAAGGAAGACCUUGGUUUAACAUUUGGUUUGCUAUAUUCUAGCAAAGCACAUGCAUUAAAAACAACAACAUUUUUUAAAAGAAAGUUAUUGGUUCAACUUAUCACAAAAAGAAUGAAGGAAUCAACCCCAAAUAAGAAAUUUAGUACUAGGGCUAGGAUAUGUACUCUUUUAAAGUGAACUACUUUAUUCCCUGGAUGUGGGUGGUGUUGUGGUCUAAACCACUGAGCCUAGGGCUUGCCAAUCGGAAGGUCAGCGGUUCAAAUCCCCACGACAGGGUGAGCUCCCAUUGUUCUGUCCCAGCUCCUGCCAACUUAGCAGUUCAAAAGCACGUCCAAGUGCAAGUAGAUAAAAUAGGUACCGCCUCGGUGGGAAGGUAAACGGCAUUUCCGUGCGCUGCUCUGGUUUUGCCAGAAGCGGCUUAGUCAUGCUGGCCACAUGACCCGGAAAAACUGUCUGUGGACAAAUGUUGGCUCCCUCGGCCAGUAAAGCGAGAUGAGCGCCGCAACCCCAGAGUCGUUCGCAACUGGACUUAAUGUCAAGAGUGCUUUACCUUUAUUCCAAAUAAAAAACUUUGAGAUUUGUUUUUGUUUGUUUGUUCAUUGUUUUGGGUUCCCUUAGACAAGAUAAAGAGACCAACAAAUUUAAGAAAUAAUAACAAUAAUAGUGAAAAGCAGGAUACAAAUUUGUUUAAAAGCCGAAUAAAAAAUAACUAAAUAUCACAAUGCUAAACAUUUAUGCAUGCAACUGCUUCUAGAUCUAAACUGGCUUGUGAAUCCACAUAUACAUUUAUGCAAAUGUUGUCAGGUGCACAACCAUUGAUUGUAAGGUCAUUCAAUAAAAUCAGCAAACCAAUACUAUUACUUGUGAAAUCUGGAUUUACAAGUGGUGGACCACAUGGCAGUUACCGGCCAACAGCAAUCCCUGUUUUCAAGAGAUGACCAAAUAUAUGACUGACAAAAGAAGAAUAUAUAGAAACAUAGGGAGCUAUCCGAUGCUGAAUUAGACCAUUGGUCCAUGUAGCUCAUUAUAAAGUGACAGUGGCUCUCCAAGAUUUUAGACAGGAAUCUCUCUCAGCUCUACCUAGAGAUGAUGGGGAUUGAAAAUGGGGUCUUCUGUUUGUGGGAUGUUUGUAUUCAAUACAUGAUAGCUUCUAGUGGCUAUUCAUGGAGGCUACCUAUCAACAACUAUCAGAAAUACUGGCUAAAUGAAAACUCCAUGUUGAGAAGUAGUGUGCCUUUGAAUACCAGAUUCUGGGCAGAAAUAAAAGAAUAGAACAAUUGCCUUAACGCCCUGCUUAGAGGCAUUAAUGCCACUGUUGAAAACAAAUUGCUACGCAAGUGAUUUUUGGUCAGAUCAACCAGGUAUCUUCUCAAGUUGUGAAAAUGUUUCCUUCCUUCCUUCCUUCCUUCCUUCCUUCCUUCCUUCCUUCUGAUAUAGACCCACUAAACUAAAUAAUGUAAGGUACUACCAGGACAUGCCAGACACUCUGAGAGCUUCAUAUUUUGCUCCGAGAAAGUGGGGUGUGCCAGAAUGGGUGCAGCAAGGUCCCAGGAGGAAAGAGAGGUACACAAUCAGAAGCAGAUUAAAAAGGCAACUGUUAGUGUGCCUGGGAGAGGUACUGGAGAGGGGGAGGUUAGAGGAAAAGGAGUGGAGAUAAGUAGACUUGCUGGUGAGAGAGGCUCUUAGAAAGGGAGGCAUGCAUAUGGUGGAAGGGGACAAGGAAAGUGAAGAGAGAAAACAGGGAGGACAGUGUGGGAAGGAGAAAAGGAAUGGGCAAGCAUCUUCCCUAAGGAGCCACGAAAGGUGAGAUAGAUGAAAGGAAGGGCUGUGAGAUAUUACCUUAGCAGGAAAGCUGGUAUUGGCAUGGACACCAAAUGCAGAAGUUUCAUGUGAUAUUGCCCAGCGAAGAUUUUAUAAAUCCUUGCUACAGAGGGGAUACCGUGAUGAGAAAAGCUCUAAUCUUGGUCUGGAUGCUCUACUCACCUGGAGUCUUUGAAGAUUUUUAUCUUCCUGGUGAUCUUUGGUACCUGGUGAGGAAGGUUCACACUAGACAAGUUAAAAUACUUUUGUAUCCUAAGGGUUGGAUCCAGAUUGUUGAACCUAGGUCCUGUUGAAACCAAUGGAGCAACCACUGAUUUCAAUGGGAACCAAGCACAGCUAACUUACCCUAAAUCGUUAAGUGUGGCACAUUCAUUCUGAUUAUGUAAAUCAUUAUUUGCUGUGGAGUGAGAUUCUCCUGGACUGCCUGUACACUAGAGCGAUUGAUCUGUGUCAGUCCUAGGUGAAAGGCAAGGACGAAACCAGCCUUCUCCUCAAUCAACAAGGAACUCAAACUGUCAGCCACGGCAGAUGCACCUGCUAGUGCAGAAGAAAUAUUUGGUUUCACAAUGAUAAAUAGCAAAACACAGAGCUUCCAGAAAUGCUCGUUUCUUUUUCUUUCCUUCACAUUUUCUUGCAGGGGCAUUACUAUGAUAAGGUCUGCUGGGAUGUGUGCCCACGCUGGUGCUUUGAAGUGCACCAGAUUUCUAAAGAUAGGUGAUGUUUUUAAGCAAAGGUUGUAUAGCCAUCUAUCCUGGAUGCUUUGGUUGAGAUUCCCGCAUUUCAGGGGUUGGACUAACUGAUUCCUUCGAUCCCUUCCAAAUCUACAGUUCUAUGAUUCUAUGAAGUUUCCAAAUACUUACCGUAUUUUUCGCUCUAUCGGACGCACUUUUUCCUCUCCAAAAAUUAAGGGGAAAUGUGUGUGCGUCCUAUGGAGCGAAUGCAGGCUCCUUGGUUUCCCUCCACGCUCCUUGGCUUUGCGUUGCUUUUGCUGAAGCCUGGAGAUAGGGAUAGCCGCCUGAAGCCUCCGGAGCGCUCCGGAGGCUUCGGGUUCCUUUUGCUGAAGACAGGAGAGCAAGACUCUCCUGGCUUCAGCAGAGAGGGAGAGCUGCGCAGCGCCCCUUCAGCCAAGCGGGAGGAGAAAUGGAAGGGGCUCCAUUUCUCCUGCCGCUUCGCUGAAGGGGUGCUGAGCAGAGAGGGGGAGAAUUUUUUUUUCUUGUUCUCCCCCUCUAAAACAAGUUGUGUCUUAUGGUCGGGUGCGUCCUAUAGAGCGAAAAAAUACAGUAUAUACACCAAUGAAUAACUUUUAUAUAGAAGAUUUAAAUAUAUGAAAACAUUCCAAUGAAAGUACAGGUGCUCUCAAUUCUUAGAGCUUCACUAAGGCACAUAAUUAUGUCACUACAAUGUGAUGAAGAAAAGUUCAUUAGUUUCCUUUCAGCUAUAAUAAUUGCCCCAUGAGAUCACUAGCAUUUCUAUUGGAAGGUUCAGUUUAAUUGUUAGUUACCAUUUACAAUUCUCUGUAAUAAUGAUAAUUAGUUUCUUAGAGACUUCUUAACUGUAUCAGAGCUGUCAUCUUAAGGGUUUUGGGGUUUUUUUAAUAAAAAAAUAACUUUCUAUGAUCUGAGACGCUUCUGUUUAGCAGCAAGCAAUAUGUCACGGAAGUUUGUUAAAUAUCAAGUGAGAAAACUAUCUAGAUAGACCGAUAUUUUCUGAUGUAUUAUUGCAACAAAGAACAGUGGGAUUUUGUUUCUCAAAAGGCAUAGUCCUCAUUGCAGAUUUUCAUUGUAGGACACAGAUGCCAAGGCAAUGCAAGCAAUACCCCCCCCUGCAAUAUGAUCCAGAGGCUAUGCAAAUGAGAUAUAACUUAUGAACCACAACAGUGUGUCAGGCAAAGGAAGUGAGACCUGAAUAGAAGCAUAGCCUGAAAUGACAUAGUCCUAGAUGCCCGUAUAUAAAUAGCAUCUUACUGAAGAAUCAGUUUGGGCACUGGAGGAGAAAUAAAGAACAGAAGAGUAAUCUGUAUCCAUCCCAAAGUUUUCUGAUGACCCAUAGGAGUGGAUGGUGUGAGAAUAUCUUUGUUGUAGACCUAUACAUGUAGAGCAGGCAUAGGCAAACUCUGGCCCUCCAGAUGUUUGGGACUACAAAUCCCAUCAUCCCUAGCUAACAGGAGCCGUGGCCAGGGAUGAUGGGAAUUGUAGUCCCAAACAUCUGGAGGGCCGGAGUUUGCCUAUGCCUGAUGCAGAGUGUAUGCAUGACCAGAAAGUAGAACAAAGACCCAUCUACUCUAGACUUGCCAUAACUCAAGAUGGAUGGAUAGAUACAGACACAAACAUACCCUAAAGUCUGAGGAUAGGACAGAAGAUAUAGAAAUAACAGGUUCAGGGACCAACCCAAAGAAGAAUUUCUGAAGCAACACUUGUGCUUCAAGAGCCAAUGAGUCCUCACCUCUCCCUGAGGUGGUAGCCCCAACCCCUCCUCUAAUUUUGAGGGCUCAUCUCCAUAAUUAUUUCCAACGUGUUCCAGUCACUAUCAAUUGCCAUGUCCAGGGGCAACAAGCCUCCCAGGUCCCCUAGAGCCAGUCUGUGGAUUUGAUCAUAGCUCCCCCAAGUCCAAGCAGCUUUCUUCUGAGGGAACAAAGCUUGAGGAUAUUAUUGAAGAUGUGGCCACUGACAAUCUAGCUUUUGCCGUGCUUGGAAAGCACAUUUCUCCAUUCAUUACAUUCUGACUGAAACUGAGUCUUCCUCUAGAAGUGGCCAGUCACAUAUUGUCUUACAUUAUUAACAGACAAUUAAUCUGUAUCCUCCGGUAGAAAAGCUAGGUAAUCUGUGAGGCAUCUUAGAAAGGAAAGGCUAAUGAAAUGUUCUUCAUCGUGUUAUGGUCUGAUUUUAUAUUACUUUACACAUAAAAUUGGGUUAGAUGGGCCUUUCAUCUGAUCCAUCAAGGCAUGUUCUUGUGCUUGUGUCAUUGCAAAAUGAACCCUAUUUAUAGCUUGGAUGAACUUUCAAGCCACUGGACAGAAUUAGAGGUUCGGGAUGAAGCUGGGACCAGCUGCCUUCCACCUUUCAUAUUUUGCAGUGUGGUGUAGUGGUUAAGAGCGGUAGUCUCAUAAUCUGGGGAACCGGGUUCGUAUCCCCACUCCUCCACAUGCAGCUGCUGGGUGACCUUGGGCCAGUCACACUUCUCUGAAGUCUCUCAGCCCCACUCACCUCACAGAGUGUUUGUUGUGGGGGAGGAAGGGAAAGGAGAAUGUAAGCCGCUUUGAGACUCCUUAAAGGGAGUGAAAGGCGGGAUAACAAAUCCAAACUGUAUAAAAUUGGCAGCCCCAAUUUUAGAUGUUCCCAAAUAUGCCAUUAUGAAGGGGGGAAUGGUGAUGCAAUUUUUUAAAAUAAAUAUAUACAGGAGUGGCUACCACUAGGAGAUACUGGGUUUUUUUUUGUUUUUGUUUUUCUCAAACCGACAUUUUGAAUGGGGAAUCCAAAAUGGUGGCCAGAAGACUGAUGGAGUUUCAUGGAUUCUGCCACAUUUUACCAAAUAAAUUCCAAAAAUUUACUAAAUAUCAAAAAUGGUCCCUUCCUCUCCCUUAGCAUCUUCCAGGCCAAGACUUUCCUGUGGUCCCAGAUCCCAGAAAAGAAGGUCCAGGCAUAUCCUGGUCAACUUUUUAGUACACUAAGAAUUACUCUUAUAUGGAGGAAAAGAGAAAUAUUUAUGUACUGCCUAUACAUUUUUGGGUGAUACUGGCUAUGAUACUGCAAGAUAGGAGGUCCAGGUAAUGUUACAUUCAUUAUAGUAGGAACAUUACAAAAAGCCUCUUCUUUCUUUUAGCUUUUCUAGUGCUUCUGUGACACACCUUUUGAGAAUUAGCUUUCAGCUAAGCAAAUCCUUCUCCCUUUCUCAACUCUUUCCAGCUGGGGCUUUAGGCGGGAUUUCCUUGUUGCCACACAUGUCUUAUAUGCUUAUUAAAUCGAAAGGAGAAACUCUGAGUUGUGACCUGACCACUCAGUGACACAGAACGUGAUUGCCAAAAGAUUAACAAUAGGAAAAGCAGCUGAGAAAACUAUCCUAGCCGGCAGGUACUGACAAAACACAUUUCCACUCCAUUGGUCCAGCAGUCAUCAAAUUGGAUCUGCACAGAUGUUCCUGGCCCAUAGUAAAAUAUUAAAACACUCCUUUAAUUCUCUCCUAGGGAUUUCCAAAUGAAGGAAACAGCUUCACCCGAUUGCACUUUUUUCCUGCAGACAGAAAUAGUCCAAACAUACACAAACACACACACACACACACACACACACACACACACACAGGCUAUGCUGUCUGCCUGGCUCCUUGCCAAUGCACACUAGCAAGUCACUUUCUCUUAUUGUAAUGCAGAUGACACAGUGCAAGGCCUGCACGGCAACUGAAUUAAUUGAAAGAAACGAGCCACAGACGCCCAAGCAGGAUUGCAACUUUAAAACAAACCUUGGCACAAUGAUCUGAAUCUCAGGCCUCGGAGAGAACGGAGUGAUUAAUUAAACUGCAGCAAACAGGAGCACAACAGAUCCCAUCAAUCUGCGUAGAGAUUUUAUAAUGGUCAAGGUUGUGUAAAUAAGUGCAUGCAGGAAGCUCUCAAGCAUCGCUGUCUGUCAGUUCAGGAUAGGGUGCAGUUUCCAAGGGCAUUUGUAGGUGAAACGGGGUUAAGAAAUACUGGGCUACGAUUCAUUUAAAAUUAGCAUUUUAAAUGAUUAUAAUAAUUAAUAUAUAUAUUAAUCAUUGAUCGAGGAUCUGAAGUUAAAGCCAAGUGGAAAAGCACAGCCUAGUUUGUAAAAUAAAAGCCUGAUGGAAAUAAAAUUUAAAUAAGCAAUAGGGGGGGGACAGUAAGGGGAGAGGGGAAACCAUUCAUUCAUGGGGCAAAGGGUUCACACGUCUAAAAGGGAAUUGAGAAGGCCUGAUCCACUGUCCUGAGAGCUAUGUGCCAUCUUGAGAUGUAUGGAAAUAACCAUGUUACCUGCAAAUUAUAUUUGUUCUUGUUACUUCAACUAAGACACAUCAUUCUACUAUAGAAAAACAAAUAAAGAAUCCAAACCCCGAGGGGAUUCCAGUUUAGAUUUCCACACUGCAGGAGAUAGCAGAAACAGGAGAGAAAAGCAGAAGACAAAUGUAACAGGCUAUAUAAUAAAUUUCCCCCAUAAAUAAUACAUUCUGUACUAAAAUAAAACACAUGGGGAAACUUCUGGGGAAAGUGUUUUUUGUUUUGUUUUUCUUUUUGAGGGGAAGGAUGCACAUGUACACACACACACACACACACACACACACAAGUAUGACACAAUUCAUACCAUCCUACCAUCUAAUUUACCUCAAUAAAGUCAGUGUAGGCCAGCCUUUGUCCAUGGUGUUUUCUUGGCAGGGACACUGGAGUGGCUUGCCAGUUCCUGAGGCUCCAAAACUUUGGCCACCUCAUGAGAAGAGAAGAUGCCCCAGAAAAGACCCUGAUGUUGGGAAAGAUUGAGGGCACAAGGAGAAGGGGACGACAGAAGACGAGAUGGUUGGACAGUGUUCACUAACAUGAGUUUGACCAAACUGUGAGAGGCAGUGGAAGACAGGAGUGCCUGGCAUGCUCUGGUCUAUGGAGUCACAAAGAGUCGGACAUGACUAAACGACUAAAUGACAACAAGGCCAGCCUUUUACUGAGAAACAACUAUUCAGCAUAACCUAGCAGGUAGAAGCCUCUAGCAAAGUGUAAUAAGGGAAGCGGUGAGUGCAAUAAUAACGUGCAUCUUCGUUUCCUUCAAUGAAAUAUUUGAGUUUUCAGUUUUAAAUACUCCUCUUCCUGCACUGUUUGAAAGUAGUGCUAAAGUUUGUCCUCCAUUGCCUCUCACUCACUCACUUCCUGACAUUUACAGUGGUACCUCUGGUUAAGAACUUAAUUUGUUCCGGAGGUCCGUUCUUAACCUGAAAACAUACUUAAUCUGAGGUACCACUUUAGCUAAUGGGGCCUCCCGCUGCUGCCGCUCUGCAGGCGCACAAUUUCUGUUCUCAUUCUGAGGUAAAGUUCUUAACCCGAGGUACUACUUCUGGGUUAGCAGAGUCUGUUACCUAAAGCGUAUGUAACCUGAAGCAUAUGUCACCCGAGGUACCACUGUAUAGGAAUCUCUUGGACGCAUGCUUCAGUUGCAACUAAGGACUGGUUUACACUCUGGAGAAUCAAAUGCUGAAGAUUUCUAAACAGUGCCAAUUCAAAUUAAAUUGAAAAUGAAGUUGUUCUAAAACGCUUCUGGUAUUGUGUUAGUGUUUUAGCAGUUAAGGAAGCUAUCUUGAACACAUAAUGCCUGGAAAAGCUUAGCAAUAAGGUACUGUCAUAAUAUAUACCAUUGCUACAAUCCUAUACAAUUCCAUUUGGGAAUAAGCCCCAUUCGACUUAGUGGUUCCCCCCACCUUUCGAGCAAUGACUAGGUCGGUAAAAUAAUAUACAGCUCACAUUUUUUGCUUUACUUUUAAUGUUUGGAAAGUAUUCCCCAAGUUUACCAGAAGAUGUCAGCCAGUAUUCAGUAAUGUGCAUUUAUAGUUUUGAAAUGAGAGGGGAACCCUUUGAUUCUUUCUCAUGGAGCCAGAGUGAGAUCAAAUUUAAUGCUGCAACACAAACCUUAUAUGUGAAGCCCAGAUAUAAUCAUGUGAUUGAAAUUCCCUGCAUAUUUUCUCAGAAGCGAACCUGAUCCUGUUCAGUGUGGCUUACUCAUAAGCAAGAAUGCAGCCUUGUGGGGCUAAUGCAUAUGUCACUUGUGGGACUUUUUAAGGGGAAAUUUAGGACUCCCCACAUUACAACAUACCUGUAAAUUUCCCUCACGUAGAUCUGGAGAAAACUAGAUAAAAUAGCGGCCAAUUGCAAAGCUGAUUCAGACAUUUAAGCUGGCACAUUCUAUCUGAGAACCCCCUGCUGUUCUAUCGUAUGCAACAAAUAAUUUCUAGGAGACAUGACCGUGGUUUAUUGUAUUUGCAGUGCCUGGUGUUUUUAUGGUUAUUGUUGGUUUUCUUUUUGUUUCCUUUGUGAAUGAUGCCAUGGCCUUUGGCUAGUGCAAUAAAGUUUAUGAUGACGACAGUGGUACCUUGGCUCUUGAUCUUAAUCCGUUCCAGGAAUCUGUUCGACUCCCGAAACCAUUCGAAAACAAAGGCGCAGCUUCCAAUUGGCUGCAGGAGCUUCCUGCACUCAAGCGGAAACCGCGUCGGACGUUCGGCUUCCAAAAAAAGCUCGCAAACCGGAACACCUACUUCCAGGUUUGCUGCAUUCGGGAGGCGAUUUGUUCAGCAACUAAGCCAUUCGGGAACCAAGGUUUGACCGUACUCUGAAAUGUGUCAGGCCUGAAUGGAAUCUUUCCUCAAGCAGCUAGCAUCUUUUCCUGUUAGCGCUGUCUCCUUGGUUUUCUGGUUGCUUGGGACCAUAGUUUCCAUCAUCCCUGUCUGUUGGCCCCGCCAGCUGGGACUGAUGCUAGUAGUAAGCUGGAACAUCUGGAGGAGACCCCCAUCACCGCGGUAAAUCUUUGAACUUUAAUUGCGUUUGAAAUUAACUGUAAGACCCCCUCUCUCAGGAAGAAGCGCAAACAGCCAAAGAGGGAGAUUUGUAGCUCAGAAGCUGUUGUGAUGCACCUAGUGAAGGCAGACAUCCUGAGGAAUUACAGGUUUAUUGUACUUCUGGCUGCAUUGGCCACCAAAAGCCAGUUUGGAUAUACCAAAUGUUGCAUUUGGCUUCCAUGGCAACAUAAACUUUAGGAGUCCAAACUGCUUGGCUGACAUAUUUACUGCGAUGUUUUUCUUUAUUUCUGUUCCCUGCCUUACAAGGUGUCUGUGAGUCUUGAUUACUGCCAGAGACAGGUUCAGAUGACUGCUAUAUUAUAUUAUAUUAUUAUAUUAUAUUAUAUUAUAUUAUAUUAUUAUAUUAUGGACUAUAUUAUGUACAUGGGGGGAUGCGGGUGGCGCUGUGGGUAAAACCUCAGCGCCUAGGACUUGCCGAUCACAUGGUCGGCGGUUCGAAUCCCCGCGGCGGGGUGUGCUCCCGUCGUUCGGUCCCAGCGCCUGCCAACCUAGCAGUUCGAAAGCACCUCCGGGUGCAAGUAGAUAAAUAGGGACCGCUUACCAGCGGGAAGGUAAAUGGCGUUCCGUGUGCUGCGCUGGCUCGCCAGAUGCAGCUUGUCACGCUGGCCACGUGAUCCGGAAGUGUCUGCGGACAGCGCUGGCUCCCAGCCUAUAGAGUGAGAUGAGCGCACAACCCUAAAGUCUGUCAAGACUGGCCCGUACGGGCAGGGGUACCUUUACCUUUACCUUUUUUUAUAUAUUAUGUACUAUAUUAUGUACUAUAUUAUAUUAACCAUUGUUUCUUUUGCCCAUCAUUGGCUGUAUAUGGCCUGAAAUAUUUUUGCAUGAGACUGAAAUUGGGAGAUAUAAUUAUAGUGUUCAUACCACCUUAUCAUGGAGGGAGAACUCAACUUUGGUUGCAUUUCAGUGAGAAAGUGCCUAAUACGUACUUCUCACCAAAGUGCAAGCUCCAAAGCAGCUAUACUUCAGGUUUUUCAGUGCAGUUUUCCAAGUAAAAUGUGCCUAGUGUUGUAUUGGUUAGUGAAAAUAGCAUACGAAAGUAUUUGGGGAAAUUGCUUCAGAUGUUUUCUAAAAGUCAGACAGUUGUUUAUUUCCUUGACAUCUGAUGGGAGGGCGUUCCACAGGGUGGGUGCCACUACCGAGAAGGCCCUCUGUCUGGUUCCCUGUAACCAGGGAAUACUUCACAGUGAGGGAACUGCCAAAAGGCCCUCGGAGCUGGACCUCAGUGGGUGGGGAUGGAGCUGAACGAUGGGGGUGGAGACGCUCCUUCAGGUAUACUGGGCUGUUCAUGGGGCAGUGCUGGAUUAAACCCUGUGGAGGCCCCUUGGCAGCCAAAAUCUGGGCAGGGGGCAGGCCUCGUGCGCACACUGGAAUAACCUUGAACUAAGAAAGCUUGAUUGUUGUUUUCUUUCAAGAUCAAAUCAAUCUUAUUUUGAUCCAUUGUCAUGGGACCCCUAAAAAGUGUGGGGCUCAUAGGCCAGUGCCUACUCUGCCUAUUUGGUAAUCCAGCCUGGCCCCUCUGGACAGAAGUUGAGGGACGCCUCCUGAAGCACUGCAGCUGUUCCUCACAAUGAAAUGGAAGGCUCAACAUUUGCCAGGCACUUUCAGAUGCUCAGCAGCCUUGUGUGGUUACAACAACCCUGUAAAGUAGGCCAGUGCCAUGCGCUCCCCAAAUUGAAGCUAAAUGCCUCACAGAUUGGCAUCCAACCUCUGCUUAAAAGCCUCCAAGGAAGGAGAGUCCACCACCGUCCCAGAUAGUCUUACCGUCAGAAAGUUCUUGCUAAUGUUUAGUCUGAAUCUCCUCUCCUGCCCUCCCCUCUGGAGCAACAGAAAAGAAGCUUGCUCCCUCUUGCAGCCCUCAGAUAUUGGAAGAUGGCUUUCCUCUCUCCUCUUCUCCAGGCUGAACAUACCCAGCUGCCUCAACUGUUCCUCAUCAGGCUUGGUUUCCAGACCCUUCAUCAUCCUGGUCGCCCUCCUCUGCUCACCUUCCAGCUGCUCAAUAUCCUUCUUCAACUAGCCUGCGCUGACUGGCAGCAGCUAUCCAGGGUUUCGAAUGGGGGGGGGCAUUCCCAGGACAGAAGGCCUGCAUGCAAAGCAGAUGGUCCAAUGCUGCGCUAUGGAGACCCCUAGCCUGCCUUGAAGGAUGUGGGGGUGGUCUCCCUUUGGAAAUGGGGUUGCAGAAAGAAGGAUGUGAAAUGCUGAUGUGAAUCUGUGGAUAGAAGAUACAGCCCAGCAGCAGUCGGAACAGAAGGUGCCUCCAAGUUUUGACAGAGAAGCAUCACCUCUCAGGAGGGGCCAGAUCCAGGUGGAGGGGUUGCCUUGGUGACAAGGACCUGCCCUCCUUUGUGACAUCUCUUGCUCUUCCCUUAAAAGCCUUUGACUUGCAGGUGGCCAUUGUGGGUUAGUGAGGAGAGAUCAGGAGAGAGAGGUAGUGGUGGUGGUGGUGGUUGUAGAAGAGGAGAGGUUUGCUUGCUAUUUUUCUUUUUAUUUUAUUUAUUACUUUUAUUUGAUUCAUUUUAUUUGAUUUAUUUUUAUUUUAUUUUUUAUUUUACCUUUUUUAUUUUAACACUUUUAUUUCACUUUUUACUUUUUAUUUUUUACUUUUUACUUUUUAUUUGUUUGUUUUUAUUUUUUGUUUUUAUUUAUUUGUUUGUUUUAUUUUUUAUUUUUUAUUUUUUAUUUGUUUUUAUUUUUAUUUAUUUUUAUUUAUUUAUUUUCAUAUUUGUGCGUAUUUGCGCGCAUUUCUGCGUAUUUGUGCAUAUUUGCGUAUUUGUGCAUAUUUGUGUGUAUUUGCACUCAUUUGUGCGCAUUUUUGAAUAUAUUUCUUUUGUUUAUAGAAAAAUAGUUAGGGGUAAGUGUAGGGUUAGGGUGGGGGUUAGGUUUGGGGUUAGGGCUAGGUUUGGGGGUGGGGUGGGAUCAGAGUUUGGUAUCAGGCUUGGGUGGGAAUUUUAGAUAGGUAGUUAGCUUAGAAAGGAGGGGGGGAUUUUUUGUAAAGAUGUGCAGACUGUAAGUACCAUUCCUUUGCUUUCUCUUGGUCUCCUGGGGGCAGGGUGUGAGUCCUGGGGUCCCCUCCACAGCUUCAGCUCUCUGGUCCACCAGGGAGCUUCAUGGCUGAGUGGAGAUUUGAACCCUGCUCUCCCAGGUCCUCCCAGUCCAGCCCUCCAACCACUACACCUCUGCCUGGCUCCAUUUUGCAUCUCUCCAGCUGCCCUACAAUAUUGGACUUCUCCCCCUUCCUGGGGGUCUCUCUGGCUCCAAGGAAGACUCCACCCCCUUCCUCAUGUUCUGCUCCUCUUCUGGGACACCUUGAUGUUUGGAGGACCCUCCUAGGGGUCUCCUCCCUCACCAAGGAAGGGCAGGGCUGUCCUAAGAAGACGAGGCAGAGCAGCCCUUUAACAGCUGGCAAGGCUUGUCUUUCCUUUGGGCUGGAGCUCUAAAACCCAUAGCACUUGGGACCUCCUUUCUCUCUCUGCCAGCCCUUCGUGCUCUGGGCUGCCUCUUUUCAGCUCUGGCGAUGCCCUUUCAGGUCGCAGAACUGCAGAGAGAUGGCAGGAAUUGGGCCAGACGCCCCUCCUCAUACACACACACCCCGAAUUGGGACUGCCGGCUUCUGAGUCGCUCCCUCUGUUCAUCUCUUCUAGGUUCAGGCGCUUAAGGCGGCUGAUCAGCUGCAACAAGGUGGCCCCCCUAGAAGUCCUGGAGCAGCCCGCGGUGUCGGGUGAGCAAGUGGCCCUCCUUUUGGGGUCGGAGGAGGGCAGGAAUGGGCUAGGGGGGCAUCUAGUAAAAAGAUGCACAGAGCCAGACGGCUGGUUCCAACCCGCCUAUCUGCGACAGCAUCUGGAAAACAUGCCCCCCCCCAGCAACCACACCGUUUUGUGGGGUCUGAUGGGAGAAUCAGGGGGCUGGGCUGUGGGGCAAGACAGGGGGGCAGUUGUCAGCGGGAGGGGCACCUUCCCUGGGGAGCCAUGUUCUGGGGGCAGGAGGUCAGGAUUGGCCCCCAAGGCCUGGGGUGUCCUUCUCCUGUACGUGGAAUCCUGGACUUGGAAUCCAGGAGAAAACUCUUGGAAAAGCCUUGCAAGGGCUCAGGGAUGAACUCACCUGUCCCCAUGUCCUUCACUUUGCAGAUGUGCUAGGAAUCCACAUCCCUUCCGCUGCAGUGAGUAUUGGAUAAAACGAGAGCAGGGAGGGGAUCCCUCAGACCUGCCCCCCUCUUGCACUCCACUCUGCACUCUCAGAUGUGGAGGAGCCCUCCCCCCACAAGGAACUGACAGCCUGACUUUUGCCUUUCAGCUGCUAGACAAAGAUCAGCUGUAUCUCCUGGGCAUCAUCCAGGACUGCCAGGCAGCUCGGCUCAGGGGGCUCCGAACCCUGAAGUACUCCAAGGAGGAGACAACCAAAGCCAUUCUGGUGAGUGAUGGGUGGUGUGAGGGACCCCCAUGGGGAGGGAGGGACAGAGAGGGGCUGGCUUUUGGGAUUGGAGCCGCCCUCUGGAGACUCCUGGAAGGAGCUGACUUUCCUCCUCUGCUCUCUUCUAGAACAUUCUUGUCCACUUGGAGUACUUCAGGGAUCGCCCCCUGAGCCUGGCCCUGGCCUUCGAGGCCCUCCUGCAGUUGAGGUGAGUGGGAUCUUUGGGGUGGGCGGGGCUGCAGGGGGACAGAACUCCAGGGGGAGCUUUGGGUGGGCAAGUCAGGCAGGAGGGAGAAGGGUCAAGGGAGACUUGGAGGAGGCAGUGUCUAACCCCUUCCCUUUCUCUCUCCAGUUUUAUGAGACCCCACUUCAGUCCCUCUAUGGUGAGCGCUAUCCUCCAUAGAACAACAGAGGCAGUUCUGGGGAGCGCAGAGGAGGACAAAGAGGUAUGUCCUCUGCUUUAAGUUCUCUUUGCACAGCUCUUUCUUCUUCCCACACUCUUACAAAAUUUAACCCAGCAGCACUCAACCUCUCUUUUCUCUUUUCCCACAGGAACUAAAGAGGCCAUUCCAGAGCCUGCUGGGGGGUCUCCUCCUAGAAGCCCCCAAUACUAGCACCCUUCUCCAGUUGCUUACCGUAAGUAUCCUGAUAGCAUCAGGAGUGGUUUUAGGGUUGCCCCCCCCAGUCCCUUACCCAACUAACUGUCCCAUUUCUUUCAUCCCGCAGGACCUCUGAUAUUACGCCCUUUUGGGGAGUGAAGACCAAAGAAAAUUAGGGGCCAGCAGUAUUUCCCUGCUGCUGGCCCUUUCACAAAGAUUCCCAAACCUAAGAGUAAGUAUUUUGCCUGCCUGUAUUCAGUUCUUUGGUUGCUUCCAUCCUUCCUGGGUGGGGCUGCUUCUCUUACACCCAUCCAGGGUGGGGUUCAUAGUGUCAGCUGACUCAGAUUUGUCUUUCCUCUGCAGAACACAGUAAUUCGGCCGGAGCUGGCUUGUUUCAGGAAUAAUCUGAAAGAAGGUAAGCCCCACAUCUUGGGGACAGUGAACUCCCUUGUCCCUUGUUUGCCCAAGACACACCUCCCAGGUCUUCUUGCUGGGAGUCCUGCAGGACCUGCUCCCUGCCUGGCAGGCCUUUCCCACCUGGCCUGGGAGGGCAGCACCCAGACUGACUCCAGCUACAAGAAGCGGAGAGGACUGAACAGAUUUUCUCUCUUUUUCAUUCUUUUCCAUCCAGAUGACAUCAUCAUCGAGGAGUUAUGA